CUCCACUCCCAGGCUGACGUCAAGAGGAGCUCUCCAUAGCCUUGGUGCUGAAGCAUAAAUAUGGCAGACUGUGUGCACUGGGAGUGAGAGUCAUUAUGAGGGUACUGACCAGCUAACGCUGCCAGUCGGAGUGGGGGGCACCCGUGCCAGCUCUGGACAGGGCUCAGGGCGAAUACAAUGUCUCUGCUGUGCGUAGGAGGUAAGAAUGGCGGUGGGCACCCCCUAGCAUGUUGGGUGUUGGCUGCAUGGACCAUAUUCCUGUCUUGUUGCUGCUGUUGGCUCCCAAGCAGGCUCUGUUAGCCUGACAUGACAUAGACAUGUAUGUGCUGGGUAUAUGGCUGACUGUGUGUGUGCACAUCUGUGUGUCUACAUGGGGAGAGAACAGGUAUGCUAUAUCUGUCUUGAGGGGCUGUGUGUGUGUGGGUGGGACAUCUGUAUUAUGAGAUUUACAGCAAAGAUAACUUACACAUACAUUUAUAAAUCCAAGGCGUGUGGGUGUCAAUAUACACAUGUUAUAUCUAUAUAUAUAUGUAUAUUAUAAAAAUAAUAAUGUAAAUGUGUGUAUAUAUACAGACACACAAGCACACACACAUAUGUAUAUAUAUAAUUUAAAAACAUAUAUAUACACACACACAUAUAUAUAUAUAUAUACUUUAUAAAAUAAUAAUGUAACUGUGUGUAUAUAUAUAUAUAUGUGUGUGUGUGUAUAUAUAUGUUUUUAAAUUAUAUAUAUAUAUACAUAUAUGUGUGUGCUUGUGUGUCUGUGUGUAUAUAUAUAUAUAUAUAUUUAUAUUAUGAAUAAUAAUAAUACUAUUGUAUAUGUAUAUAUAUAUGUGUGUGUGUGUCUGUGUGUGUGUGUAUAUAUAUAUACACAUAUAUAUAUGUUUUUUAAUUUAUAUAUAUAUAUAUAUACAUAUGUGUGUGUGCGUGUCAGUCUUUAUAUAUAUAUAUGUGUGUGUUAUAUAUAUAUAUAUAUAUAUAUAUAUACUUUAUGUGUUAUAAGUGUGCUUGUAUAGAUAUAGAUAGAUAUGCUUUAUAGAUAAUAAUAAUGAUAAUAAUAUAUAGGUAUGUAUAGGUGUGUGUGUGUGUGUAUAUAUAUAUAUAUAUAUAUAUAUAUAUAUAUAAAAUCACUGUCUGUUUGUCUGUGUAUAUAUAUAUAUAUAUAUAUAUAUAUAUAUAUGAUUAACUUUACAAUUUCAAUGAAUGGGUCAGCAUGUCAGUGGCUGUUCUCUUGUGUGUCUGUGUGUGUAACAGGGGCACUGCUUACUGGACACUGACACUCACAUUCACUUUGGUCAAUCACUGGCCUUGUGCUUCCCUAAAUAAUGAUGCUGUCUCUACCUGAGCACUGCCUUAGUAAGACUUAACCCCCUCUCCACACACACACACACAUACAUACUACAUACAUACAUACACACACACACACACACACAUACACACAUACAUGCAUAUUCACGUUCCCCCUGCGGAGCUGAAUCUGCUUCUUUCACAGAGAGCAAGGAAUUUAUGAAUAGAAAAAAGAGAUGUGACGUUAGCAGAUGGUAAGGUGUGGGUGGAGGAGGUGUAUAUUGAAGACAAAUGUAAAUCCAUGUCUGUCUAUCUGUCUUUUUUUGUAUUUGAUUAGUCUCUGUACUGUAUUCCAAUUAAGAUCCACCCUGUGUGUCAGGAGAUGAAAAAAAAAUGGGGGCAGCAGAACACGCCAUGUCUGUGUUACACACUGUCAGUAUGUUCAAUAUAUAUUAACGUUGAUGUGUGCUAGCCUAGCUAAGCAACCAUACCCAAUCCAAUAUUAUAAUAACCGUCUUAAAUAUAAUUAGUGUGUACAUCUACAUGUUACGGUAGAUAUAUCACCCAUGCAACUAGCAUGCAUUAACAUACACACAUUGAUGUGGACAAUAAUAUUGCAUUUUGUGUGUGUGAGCAUGUAAAAAAAAUUCAGUGUUGUUAAAAAAAAUUAUAAUUCUUAAUGGGGGCUAAUUCCCACAAUAGGGAUGUGGCUAUUGAUGACAUGUGCUGUAUCCUGACUCUGUCAUCUGUGGUUUCUAGAUUUUUGAAAACUAACUAUUUCUGUCAGAACCCCCCUGCCACCCCAUAUUUAAAUGGGUAAAGGUCCGUCUGACAUAAAAGGGUUAACGUGUCUUGUUUCCAUGGACCAGCUUAAGUCUGUUUGUCUCCUUUUCAUCGUUCCGUGAUAUCCUCAUUCAUUCUUUCCCUCACUCUCCCCUUCCGCUGGAUGCAUUGAUUUCCUGUAGAGAUCUAGGUAUGGUUUAAAUAAUAGGACUCAGACUGAGUCUCCUCCAACCCCCAUCUCAUACAAACACACACGCACGCUCCCUCCUGUCUCUUCCUACCUCCCUCCCUCCUUUCACUCUCUCUCUCCCUGGGGUACCAGAACAUCAGCUGAGCCGUGAAAUAAAACAACUGCUCACACAAUUUCAUAAAAGAGAUGAAAUGCCAGAACAAACUCGUAGAAAGAGGGAGAACCGAGCCUGUAUCUAGUGUAGAUUGACCUGACGGCAGAUCAUCAGAACAAGCUCUUAUUACAUUUUUUUUUUUUAAAUCUAAUGCACUGUAAACUCUUGGUUACUGAGACAGAACACUCCGCACAAGUGCCAGGAAUUCCUUUUAACAUGGGAGAUGCUUAGAUCGGCACAUUAUCCAUCUCGGAGAGUGCUGUACGGUGCCAUCUUGGCCAAAGGUUUUCAGAGUAGGGAAAAGGGAUUCCAUCAGUGUUUUGCCUUUAUUGUUAUCUGCACAAAAAUGAAGUAGAGACAAUGACACAAAGAAGACGCCAGGAACAGCAAGGGUGGAAAAGAGGUUCAGUAGAAUGUUUGACUAGCUUAGGUAGUAAUGGGUUCGUUUUUCAUUGCAUGCAACCUGCACAGAUUUUGCCAAUGUUGGGUUUCUGUUUAAUGAACAGUAAGCUUCCGACUGUGGAUUAUCAGGAACGGUUCAGUCUUUGUAAUGUAGGAUGAAAUUGUAACUGUACGCUAUAUAACAUGAAACUCCGUUUCAGGCAAUACUUUAAAAAUUUGAAAAUAAUGGAGAAAUAAUAAAACUAAACGUUAAGCGGUUAAGGUUAUUAGCAUUAGAAUAAGGGCUAGGUUUUCUUUAAACUAAUGGUUACACUGGAACAUACUUUGUCCAGUCUACCUGAGAUUGGUAGCAAUAGCUAUAUGUGGCUACUGUGGUUAAUUCAGCCCCUACUCUGUUAUUGCCCUGUGCAAUGGAGUGCUGUGGAGACGGUCUGAUACCCUCUCCCCAGCUCCUGCCUCAGCAUACAAAAAUAUCAGCUUGUCUUGGGGAACUUAACUUCCACCCGCUCCAGGCAGGUCAAACCAUGUGGCCCGAUGCUACACUGAGAUCAGGGUACCCCCACAUUUCACGGAGUUAUGCAAGUAAGUGUUUUAAUUUGCUGAUUAUGCAGUACAGGAUUUGAAAGUUAAUAUGCUCUUUGAAAAAUAAAAAUAUAUAUAUAGGUGGAAAAUUUAAGCCAUUUUAGCUCUAUUAUAAUUAGCAUUUAUAUAGUGUCCACAUAUUUUGCAGCACUUUGCAAUGAUAUAAAUGUGAUAUUAGAUAUGAAGAAGGCCCUGCUCAAAUGAGCUCACAAUCUAUGAUGAUUUGAGUGAGGCAGAUAUAUAUCAUUAGGUUGUGCAAAUCACAGUAGCAAAUCUCUGCUGGGCCGCGUAAGUUCGCGGAAUUAAACAGGCAAAUGCUAUAAUGUGAAAACUAGUUGUCUUUCAGCCCUAUUUACUCCAUGUAGUAAGAAGUAAGCUAUUUCCAUUUUGCAAGAUUUUUGAAUUGCGUUAAGGUUUUUUCCCCCACAUAUUUUGAUGUGAAUUACGUCUUAUCAGGAAGUAUUACUUUACUGAGAGGGUAGUGGAUGCAUGGAAUAGCCUUCCAGCUGAAGUGGUAGAGGUUAACACAGUAAAGGAGUUUAAGCAUGCGUGGGAUAGGCAUAAGGCUAUCCUAACUAUAAGAUAAGGCCAGGGACUAAUGAAAGUAUUUAGAAAAUUGGGCAGACUAGAUGGGCCGAAUGGUUCUUAUCUGCCGUCACAUUCUAUGUUUCUAUGUUUCUAUGUCUUGUAGUAAAAUGAUUGUGCGUCUCGGCAGCCAUUUUAAUAAGAUUUACUCCUGAAUGAAAAGAAUGUUGUGAUAGUGGUAGCAGCAGUAAAAUAAAGCAAACAUUGAAUGAACUGACUUUGAGGAGCUGGUAGAUGGAACCGACCAACAUUUUGAUAGUUCUCUCGGAGGGUACGAUGAAUGGGUGGAGCUGAUGGGUGUUGAAGGUUGCCUGGGAUUUAAUGGAUGUGUAUAGAAGGCUAGAUGGAUGGAUGAUAUUAUUGGUGUGGAUGGAUGUUUGAAAGUAAUGGAUUUGGAUGGAUGGCUGUGGGUAAAAGGUGCGGAUGUAUGGCUGGGAGUCAUGUUGAGGAACUGUAUGUUCAUCCAUAUCUGCUUUCUCCUCCAGCUCCUCUGUUGAAGAUGUUGCUGGAUAAUAUCACUAGUAACAACACCAGUGUCCAACAUGUGUGCUGCUACUAAUAUGUAUAUUUUUUUUACUUUUGAGGCCUAUGCUCAGUAUGUGCUCUCUGCUCACCAAUACACCAGCUCCGAGCUGUAGGAGAUUACAUGGUGGAUUUACUCAACUUUUGCUAAAUUUGAUUUUUUUCAGAAGUGAAGCUCACUGUUUUCAAUUUGAGCAAGAAAUUGUGGUAUUUUUUUUUUGACUAAUAAGCACAUAAUUGAAAUACCUACAAGAUAUAAAUACCAUUUUUGAGUAAAAAACACUUACCUGUUUUUUGCUAAAAUUGCGGUUUUUGCUAAUUGACUUAUAUUGGGCUGUCUGUUUACUAUAAAGUGCUAGACCAGUAGUGAACAGGCUGCCAUCAGACAUUUUGGGACCACUUACAUAGCUUAAGGCCUGGGGCCCACCCCAAGGCGGCACACUGGGCCGACCCAGAGGGCCUGUCCCCCAAUCCCCCGCCAUCUUAAAGGACCACUAUAGUUCCAGGAAAACAUACUCGUUUUCCUGGCACUAUAGUGCCCUGAGGGUGCCCCAACCCUCAGGGUCCCCCACCCGCCCGGCUCUGGGGAAAGGAAAGGGUUAAAACUUACCUUUUUUCCAGCGCCGGGCGGGGAGCUCUCCUCUUGCUCUCUGCCUCCUCUCCUCCCCUUCGGCUGAAUGUGCACGCGCAGCAGGAGCUGCACACGCAUUCAGCCGGUCUCAUAGGAAAGCAUUUACAAUGCUUUCCUAUGGACGCUUGCGUGUUCUCACUGUGAUUUUCACAGUGAGAAGCACGCAAGCGCCUCUAGCAGCUGUAAAUGAGACAGCCACUAGAGGAUUUGGAGGCUGGAUUAACCCAUUUAUAAACAUAGCAGUUUCUCUGAGACUGCUAUUUUUAUUAAAAAAAAGGGGUUAAUCCAACAGGGACCUAGCACCCAGACCACUUCAUUAAGCUGAAGUGGUCUGGGUGACUAGAGUCCUUUAAAGGCACUUAGAGCUGUGGUAGGGAAUGUAGUGUGUGUUUGUAAGGGAUAUAUUGUGUGUUUAGGAAAUGUAGUGUAUGUGUAUAGGUAAUGCAAUGUGUGUAGGGGAUGUAUUUUGUAUACUGGAUGCACUGUGUGUGUGUAAGGGAUGCAGUUUGUAUAGUGGAUAAAGUGUGUCUGUUUGUAAGAGAUGUAGUGUGUAUAUAGUGGUCGCAGUAUGUAGAUUGUAAGCUUGUCUGGGCAGUGCUCUCUUCCCCUGCUAUUCAUGUAUGUUAUACAUGUUCCACUAGAAUUGAAUGUCUGUUUUGUUUCUUGUUGUAUAACGCUGUGGAAUAUGUUAGCGCUAUAUAAACAUUGUUAUUGUUUGUGAAAGGGAUGCAGUGUGUAUGUAUAAAAGAUGCAGUGUGAGAGUGUAUAGUGGAUAAAAUAGAUACAGUGUGUGUGUGUGUGUGUGUUAGGAAAAUGGAUGUAUUUUCAGAAAAAAUUAAAUGUUGGUGAUAUUGAUGAGUAUCUUAGUAUUACCUUGGUAGCAUAGCAUUGUGACAGGCCCUGAGAUUGACGUGUAUUGUAAUAUUGCUGGAAUGCGUCAUUAGUGAAGGAGUCCAACAACAGUGUUUAAUUCCAAGACCGUUGGAUCUCUCUGGCAACCAAUAACAGUGAUCGCGUGCCCUAGCUGAUAGCUAAGGCAAUGUAAUCAGAGUGAUUAGUGAGAGGUAUUGUUAGAGUAAGUUAGGAUGAUGGAAGCCAUGUUGUGCAUACGCUUGGAAUUAUUUCUAUGAAAGCUUAAAGGGACACUCCAGGCACCAUGACAACUUCAUCAGAAUUAAGUUAUUAUGGUGCGAGGAAGUCUCUGGGCAAUGUCUUACCUGUUAACAAGUUGUUAAACCACAAAGUGCUGAAUCUGGUGCCAGAUCACUCUACCCAGCUAUUUACGCUGUGAUCCGAGAUUUUGAUCAGGCUUCGGACUUGGAGCUGCUGUUGGGAUGAGAGCUUCAACUUGAGAAACAUAUCGCAGAAAUAGCUGUGCAGAGCGAUCAUGUGUCAGAUUAAACAAAAUUAGAUAAACUGGUGCCCGGGAACCUUCUUGAACCACUACAACCUCAUUGCGAGUGUUCAGUCUAGUGAAAGCCGGGUUCUUAGUUAUGGAGAAAUGAGCACCUAAGCUGAGCAUUUAAAUGCUCCAUGUACUGUGAGUGACAUCAUAGUGGGGACUAUUGGCACAGGGCAUUUUAUUUUACAGAAAACACUAUUAUAUUUUGUCUUAUUUAUUAAAGAACAAACAUAUAUGGAAUACAAAUGUAUACAUUUUGUUAAAAUUGUCUAUGCAUUUCCUUACUAAUUUUUUUGUUGUUGUUAUUUUCAUAUUAAAAGUCCUUGCACCCAGAAGCAGAUUGGUGAAUUAAUGUUGAUGUUUGUUAAUUUAGAUUGAUGCGUUUUUUUUCCCAUUUGUUCACUAUAUAAAAAACAAUGAAUUAUAAUACACUGUAGUCUCAAAGUUAUUAACACACCUGUCUCUGAGACACUUCCUGAAUAUUCAAUUACAUUCAUAAUCCCCGUAACAAACACUGGCAAAGGAAACCUCUAUAAAGGAGUUUUCCUGGCCAUAUCCAUGGCAGCACAACAAUGGGUAGCUCCUCCCCAUCUCUAGUUAGACAGGAACUAAUUAAAACAAGGGUAUAAGUACCCCCUCCUACCUCUCCUACCCUCAGUCUUUUUCUUCCUGUCCUAUCUCUAGGACAGAUUAGUCUAUUUUUUUAUGGCUUAUUUUAAGGGUUUUUACCCUUGGCCUCAGGGGAGUUAAGCCUCUCUUCCUUGGGAAGCUCCAGUAUACGGCCCUGUGCAAAGGUGUCCCCCUGGAGAACCCCCAAGUGACCGGGGGAAGCUUGCAGUGACCCUAGGGGUAGCAAGCAUAAGGAGCCACUACCCUACUAACUGCAGUGACCCUAGGGGUAGCAGGUAUGUGCAAGGCAUAAACAGUAUGGAUAUACCCCUUCUACCUUCAUUUCCUGGUUAAUCCUGCCUUCUCUGAUUUAGAGGCAUUCCUCCUUUUUUAAUUCAACAGUUCUCUGCCCGGUGUUUAUUUCUCCCUUCUGGGAGAGUACUGGGCUUCCCUGGUGAUCUAGGGUUCCCCCUGUCCCUAUUCGCGGCAUUUCCGCCACAUUUCUAGCGGUUGGCAGAGGUUGGGAGACCUUGGGUCUCCUUGCUGGCUUGGCGUCCGGUUUUCGCCAUUGCGCAUGUGCAAACAGUGCGUUCGCGUCAUGCCGUUUUUGCACAUGCGCGGAAGUGCUGGUUGCGCAUGCGCGGUACAUCGCGGUUCCUAUUGCGUCAUUCAGUAUUUUGGGCACCCUUUUUAAAGCGCCAAUACUGAAAUUUAACUUUCCAACACAGUCCCUUGCUAACUUAAAGCGGUACAGUGCGGUCUUCACCCAGUUUUGUGGUGCAGACUGAAGGUAAGUCUUUUAAAGGCACAGUUGGUUUGUUUUUUAUUCAGUUGAUGUUUUUUGAACCUUAUUUUUAAGCCUUAUAGUAUUUUAUGGGGUUAACUUUUAUAGAUGAAUUCAUCUGAGAUCAUGGAUUCAGACUCAUCACUUCAAAGUAAAAGGUCACUAUCUAUAUCUCAGGGGUAAGCCAUUUCAUAUAAUUUUUCUUCAAUUUUUCUUCUAAACAAAAGAACGCUGGCUAAUAUUUUUCCCUUAUUAUAGUAGUAGUAGUAAAGGGAAAAAGACAACUGGAACAUCCAAAGGAAAGUCUCCCGCAAGGUCCCUAUAAGAAAGCAUGUGACAAGAGGGCCCUGGAGGGGAAGCACCUAUGCUCAGAUUGCCUACAGCCACAGGAUGUCCCGCAUCAUCCACCCCGGAUUUGAUGCAAAUUAUUCAGAAUGCUGAAUCCCAAGGCAUUAAAGAGGCUGUCAGAGCCCACAAAAGACCUAGAUAUCCAGAUCCUCCCGACUACUCCCAAUACGACUCUUCGGAUUCUAUGGAGGAGACAUAUAGGGAGACGUAAUCUUCCUCGGAUGAGGAAAAACAGCACGCCCCUGACACUUUGGACCCAACCGAAGUGGAUCAAGAGAAGAGCCUUCUUCAUCCAGUCGAUACUUUUCUGACCUCAGAAAAAAGAGGGUUACUUUCCCGGUUCAUGAGGCGAUUAAGGGCAUCAUUAUGGAAGAAUGGUCCAAGACAGAGAGGAAACUUCCCAAUCAGGGGAGAAUUUCUCGCCUUUACCCUUUUGACAAAAAGGACGCAGGCCACUGGGAGUCAGCCCCUAAAGUGGAUGCUGACUGGCCAAGUGCACCACAUUGCCAGUGGAUAAUGCAGGAUCUCUAAGAGAAUCCAUGGAUAAGAAGAUGGACUCCAACCUGUCCAGGGCCUAUGUGGCAGCAGGCACAGGCCUCCACCCCGCGGUAGCCCUUACCUCGGUCUCCAGAGCUUUGAAGAUCUGGCUGGAAGGCUUGGAGGAGGAUAUCAAAGAGGGCAGAAGCAGAUCUAACCUCAUGGGCAGUCUACAAGACAUUAAGCAGGCUGUAGAUUUCACUACUGAAGCCUCAGUGGAUAUGGUCAAAGCAGUGGCCAGGAACAUGGCAUUUUCCAUCUCAGCUAGAAGGGCUUUGUGGCUUAGAUCCUGGUCAGCAGAUGCUUCAUCUAAGAAUAGCCUCUGCUCUUUACCGUUCUAUGGAGACAUGCUCUUUGGUAAGAACCUGGAUGAUUGCAUUAAGAAAGCGGCAGAUGGCAAGAAUGCUUUUCUACCCCAAGAUCGUAGGCCUAAGAGAUCUUUUCGACCCAAAAGACCUUCAGAUCACUCUUCCUUUCAGGACUUCAAAUCCUACAGACCAGGUAGAGAAUAUAGAAGAUACCAGCCUUGGAGAGGGGGGCAGCCUUCAGUCAGGGGAGGAAGAUCCAGAGGCUCUGCAUUCAGCAGGAACACAAGAGCUUUAUGACGGGUUGAUCUCCCAGCCUGGAGGGGUAGGAGCAUGCCUCCUCCUAUUCCAAAAGAGAUGGGAGUCUUCUACCAAAGACAAGUGGGUGCUGGACAUCAUCAAAAGAGGAUAUCUUCUGGAAUUCAGAGAUGCCCCACCUCGUCGCAGUUUUCAAAUUACAAGAUGGCCGGGAGACAGAGACAAGAGAUUGGCUCUUCUGGAGUUUAUUUCUUCCCUACAGCAAGAAGGCGUCAUUAUGGAGGUUCCAAAGGAGGAAAAAACACAGAUUUUAUUCUCACCUAUUCCUCACAAGGAAGUCCUCAUGAGCAUGGAGACCCAUCCUAGAUCUUCACACUCUCAACAAGCGAUUGAACGUAAGAAGAUUCAAAAUGGAGUUGCUUCAGUCCAUCAUCAAAGCAGUCUUCCCAGGGCAAUGGAUGAUGUCUGUAGAUCUGCAAGAUGCCUACUUCCAUGUUCCGAUCGCUCAACUGCAUCAAAGAUAUCUGAGAUUCGCAGUACAAGGAGGGCACUUCCAGUUCUGAGCCCUUCCCUUUGGCCUCAGUACAGCUCCUCGCACUUUUUCAAAGAUCCUGGUGAUCCUGAUCGCAGAAUUAAGAAAGAGGGGCAUUGCCAUUUUUCAUUAUCUGGACGACAUCCUGGUGCUGUCAGAGGACAGGUACACUCUCAAGCAGCAGGGACAGAUCUGCAUUCAGUUCCUGCAGGAACACGGCUGAAAGAUAAAUGGGGAAAAGAGCCACCUUAUUCCUUCACAGUCCAUGCUUUAUCUAGGAGCCCUGUUCAACACUGCACUGGGGACAGUUCAGCUCUCAAGAGAAAGAGGAGUAAAGCUCAUCAGGAAGGUGAAGGAGAUACGACAAGUCAAGGUCGCCACGGCAGAGAAAGUCAUGAGCCUUCUUGGAUCAAUGUCAUCAACCAUAGGCUUGACAAGAUGGGCGCAAUGGAGAAUGAGAGCACUCCAGAGGAAUUUUCUUUCCCAAUGCAGAGGGAAGAAUCUACUCCAGCCCACCAGGAUUUCCACCCCAGGCCAUCUAAGCCUGACAUGGUGGAUGAACAAGAAGGCUCUGUUCUCAGGAUUCCCCCUGGGGAACAUUCCCUGGAUUACUAUAACGACAGACGCCAGUCACUGGGGUUGGGGAGCCUACCUUCAGAACGAGGUCACCCAGGGGAAGUGGGAGUUUCAUGCACACAAGACCGACUCAAACCUUCUGGAACUUCUGGCGGUUUUCAGAGCUCUGAAACACUUUCAGCAUUUACUACAGCACAAGUGGGUGAAGGUGAGAACGGACAAUGCUACAGUAGUAGCACAUAUCAAUCAUCAAGGAGGUACCCGAAGUCGCAGUAUGGUAAGGUUGAUGAUUCCCCUGAUGUCUUGGGCACAGAAGAACCUUGCGGGGCUAGUGGCGAUUCAUCUGCCAGGAGUGCAGAAUACGGUAGCAGACUUUCUCAGCAGGGUAAGAAUAGACCCAGGAGAGUGGAGCCUCUCAGACGAAGUCUUCAAGGAUAUUGUGAAGAAAUGGGGUCUUCCUCAGAUAGACAUCAUGGCCACCAACAACAACAAGAAGCUCCAGGGAUUCUUCUCGAGGGGUCACGAACCGCAGGCCCGGGAGAGGGAUGCCCUAUCGUGCAGAUGGGAGUUCACAAAGAGUAAUGCAUUUCCUCCGUCUCCCCUCAUAUUUCCUCUACUAAGAAGGAUUCAGCAGGAACCAGUUUUCAUGAUCCUGAUUGCCCCAUACUGGCCUCGCUGGCUUUGGUUCCCUCUUCUUCUGAGCCUCUGUCAGGAACCUCCAAGGGAUCUUCCAGCAGUUCCUUCUCUUCUGCACCAGGGUCCUAUCCUACACCCAGACCCAGCAUCACUCAACCUGAAGGCCUGGAGGUUGAAAGGGAAAGGCUUCUAGAGAAGGGUUUCUUGGCUGCAGUCACAGAUACCCUGUUACAGGCUCGGAAGCGGUCCACUUCCUCUACCUACUAUAGAAUUUGGGACGCUUUUUCUUCCUGGGCCUCUCCUAAGCAGGUUAACAUACAGCAUCCUGCUAUUAAAGACAUCUUGGAGUUUCUACAAACAAGUCUGGAUAAGGGUUUGAGUUACGAUACCUUAAAGGUACAUGUCUCCGCUCUUUCAGCUCUCACUGACCACAAAUGGGCCUUUAAUCCAGAUGUAUCCAGGUUUCUUGCUGCAGUCCUCAAGAUUAAACCUCCGAUCAAGCCAUUUGCUCCCCCAUGGGAUCUACCCCUGGUAUUACAAGCCAUGAAGUCAGCUCCCUUCGAACCCUUGGAGUCCAUCUCUCAUCAUCUUCUUACCAUCAAGACCAUUUUGCUGGUGGCGUUAGCAUCAGGGAGAAGGGUUUCGGAGCUCAGUGCCUGAUCAGUCAAAGAGCCUUUCACAGUGUUUCACAGAGACAGGGUGAUUCUAAGAACCAUUCCUGGAUUUCGCCCUUAGGUAACCACGGCCUUUCAUGUGAAUGAUGACAUACUGCUUCCAGCUCUGACGCAAGAAGAACAUUCCCAAGAAGGAGGUUCUUCUCCGCUGGAUUUGGUAAGAUGUUUAAGAAUCUAUAUUGACAGAUCUCUUGGCUGGCGUUCGUCGGAUCAGCUAUUCAUCAUCCCGAAUGAGGCUAGGAAAGGUCACCAAGCUUCUAAAGAGGCCAUGAGCAGAUGGAUUGUCUCUACUAUCAUUCAGACUUACCGGGCCAGUGGAGUUCCAGUACCUAGCGGUCUAAAGGCUCACUCAACCAGGUCCCUUUCCUCCUCUUGGGCAGCCGCAGCGAGAGUAUCUCCAGAGCUUAUCUGCAGAGCAGCUACAUGGUCUUCGGUGAACACCUUUAUUCGACAUUAUCAAAUAGAUGUCAGAGCUGGUCAGUGGGACAAGUUUGGUAAAAGUGUCCUUUCAGCAUCCAACUAAUGUCUUUCUUUUUGUAUGCUUUCACUUAUAGAUGUGCUAAUACACUUGCAUUACGAAAUAUUUUGAGUCCGUGUAUUCUUUUCCCUCCCUUGGCUUUGCUUGGGUAUUACCCAUUGUUGUGCUGCCAUGGAUAUGGCCAGGAAAGAGGAAAAUUUAUUCAUACUUACCGUAAUUUUCUUUUCCUGGUCAUAGGCCAUGGCAGCACAAAGAUCCUGCCCAGGGAUUUUUGCUGGAAUACAAGACUGAGGGUAGGAGGGGUAGGAGGGGGUACUUAUACCCUUGUUUUAAUUAGUUCCUGUCUAACUAGGGGUGGGGAGGAGCUACCCAUUGUUGUGCUGCCAUGGCCUAUGACCAGGAAAAGAAAAUUACGGUAAGUAUGAAUAAAAUUUCCUCUAUCUGACUUUAAGAGGUUCUCUAAAUCUCUAAUUAUAUAUCACUAAUAGAUUUUUCUGUAGAAAUGUAUCAUAUUCCCUGUAAUGGACUGUAGUUUUACAAACAAAAGUUAAGUCACAAGAUCUUGAGAUGCUUUAUAUAUUUUCACUUAACCCCUUAAUUACCAAAUUUCUGGAAUAAAAGGGAAUCAUGACAUGUCCCCUUAAGGGGUUAAAGGCGCUGUAGCUAAUACUUAUAAGAAGUGACUGAGCAUAAAGUAUUUGAUUUUUGCUUGGGAAUCCAAGUUCGCACGUAUCAGAAUAACAAUUACUACCAACUGUUCUAAAUUCUGUGCUCAUUUGAAGAUUUCUGAAAAUAUCUGCCACUGCGUACAGUUCCUGUAACAAAAUGGAAAUCAUCCAAUCCUUUAAAUAUUUAGGCAGGCUAUAAAAACCAGUGUAUCCAAUCUAUAAAGAUGUACAAGAAAAUGCCUCAGCAUGACCACAUUUUAUGAAUAGUGCUUGAUUUCAUUGUGCUAAAAUACUGGCACAAUUAAUGAAGCACUAUUUAUUGAUUUGAUCUGCGCUGAGACUAUUGUUUUAUGUAUGUUUGGUGUGUUGAAAGUGGCUCUUAUAUGCGUGUGAUAUGGGCGUUAUCAUACAUGGGAACAUUCUAAAUUAGAACUUCAAAUACUGCAAAACAAAAGGUGGUAUUGCCUGCUAAAAAUGUCCAUAGUCAUUGCAAAAUAUAUGGAAAAAAAGCUGCUUAAAAAUGUAAAACACGAAUUUUAUUAAAGAAAAAAAAAAAGUUUAAAGGGGUGAUUUACAGCAUUGCUCACACCUCCAAUAAAGUGUUGAAUUAAAUUAAAGUAUCCCCACAAAAUCAACCCAAUGCAUUUCAUGCCAAAUGGCACUUAAUCACUGGCACAACGAGACUGAGAUACCGCCUGGAAAUUUAAACCUCCGUGCUAACAGUCCGUUGGAGGGAUUGGAGGGAUAAAUUAACCCUGGAGGGAUUGGAGGGAUAAAUUAACCCUGUCAACUUGAAAUUCUAAAAAACUUAAUCCCUUAAUUGAAAAUUAUUAUAUUUUUAUGUACUAGAUUUUUAGUAUCUGUCCCCAUGGAAACCCUUACUUUUAAGGAUAGAGAAAUAUUAUUAUUUGUAUGUUACUCUUACUGUGCUAUAGGCAACUUUUAUGAACGGGAGUAAAUUAUCACCAAAUCAGUGUUAAUUUUGGUGGCAAAUUUCAAUUUAAUUUUAGUCAGACUUUUGACUAAAAAGCCAUUUUAAUUUUAGUCAUCUGAAUUGUUUUAGUUUUAGGCGACUAAAUCUCCAGUAGAUUGUAGUCAUAGAAACAUAGAAUGUGACGGCAGAUAAGAACCGUUCGCCCAGGGCCGCACUGGGAGAAAAAUUCGGCCCGGGCAUUUUUUUAACACAGCGGCCCACUAAAAAGGGGGCGGGGCAGAGGAGGUGUGUUUUUUAAUCACCAAUGACAAACACGCCUCCUCAAAGUGAGCAUGUUGGUUCAAUGCUCUUCCAGGGCAGACCAUGCGCAGAGCUCUGCUGAAGAGUUCUAGCAUGAGAAAAAAAGUCCUGUAUUUGUUCUGCACAGUGCAAGCAAAUUUAAUAACAUGCUUGCACUGUGUUUCCUUGCAACUUGUCUCUGGUGUCUCUAUAAAUGGAUACCAGGAGACAAAAGGCCAGGAAAGAGUAUUGUGCAUGUGUUUGGAGCCUGCUUGUGGUAUUGCAUGUGUGUAGAGUGAGCUGGUCGUGGUGUGGUAUUGUGUAAUAAGGUCGGUUUUAGUCGUGUUGUGUUUGUGGUGUAAUGUGAUGCAUAUGUGGCUCAGGGACCCCCUCCCGCCCGGCUCUGGAAAGGGGUUAAAACUUACCUUUUUCCAGCGCCGGGCGGGGAGCUCUCCUCCUCCGAUCCGCCCCGUCGGCUGAAUGCGCACGCGCGGCAAGAGCUGCGCGCGCAUUCAGCCGGUCGCAUAGGAAAGCAUUUAUAAUGCUUUCCUAUGGACGCUUGCGUGCUCUCACUGUGAUUUUCACAGUGAAAAGCACGGAAGCGCCUCUAGCGGCUGUCAAUGAGACAGCUGCUAGAGGCUUUGGGGGAAGGCUUAACCCAUUGAUAAACUGCUAUGUUUAUAAAACAAUGGGUUAACCCUAGAAGGACCUGGCACCAAGAGCACUUCAUUAAGCAGAAGUGGUCUGGGUGGCUAGAGUGGUCCUUUAAGAGUGUAGUGUGUGUGUGUAUAUAUAUAUAUAUUUUGAAGUAUUGUGUGUUGGGGGGGUUCUGUGUGUAUGUGAGGGGUGCAGUAUGUGUGUGUAAGGGUGCGGUGUGUGUGUGUGUGUGUGUGAGGGGUGCGGUGUGUGUGAGAGUGCCGUGUGAGAGUGCCGUGUGUGAUGGUGAGUGUGUGAGUGAUGGGUGUGAGAGUGCCGUGUGUGUGAGAGUGUGUGGAGUGUGCCGUGGUGAGAGUGCCGGUGAGAGUGCGUGUGAGAGAGUGUGAGAGUGCUGGGUGUGAGAGUGCUGGGUGUGAGAGUGCCGUGAGUGUGAUGGGUGUGAGAGUGCUGGGUGUGAGAGUGCCGUGAGUGUGAUGGGUGUGAGAGAGUGCUGUGAGUGCUGGGUGUGAGAGUGCUGGGUGUGAGAGUGCUGGGUGUGAGAGUGCUGUGAGUGUGAUGGGUGAGAGAGUGCUGUGAGUGUGAUGGGUGAGAGAGUGCUGUGUGAGAGAGUGCUGUGUGUGAUGGGUGUGAGAGUGCCGUGUGAGAGUGCUGUGUGAGAGAGUGCUGUGUGUGUGUGUGAGAGUGCUGUGAGUGUGAUGGGUGUGAGAGUGCUGGGUGUGAGAGGUGUGAGAGUGCUGGGUGUGAUGGGUGUGAGAGGUGUGAGAGUGAUGGGUGUGAGAGUGCUGGGUGUGAUGGGUGUGAGAGGUGUGAGAGUGAUGGGUGUGAGAGUGCUGUGUGUGAUGGGUGUGAGAGUGCCGUGCUGUGUGUGAUGGGUGUGACAGUGCUGUGUGUAAUGGGUGUGAGAGUGCUGUAUAAAUGUUAUUGUGUGUGUGUGUAGGGGGGGUAAAUAAAAUUUAAAAAAAAACAAAACAAAAAAAGUCAUUAUUCCCCCCCCCCUCCCUUCUUACCUUUAGCCUGGGAGGGGGGGUCCGGCACGCUGGCAGGCGGGAAGGCGGUGUUCCCUAGUGGUCCUCGUGGGUGAGUGAACUCUAGCCCGCAUAGCCUGUGAGGCUAGAGUUCACUCUCGCGAGAUCCGGUCAUUGCCAUGGCAACGCGCCGGAUCUCGCGAGAGGAACCCGGCGGAGCUGCAAGUUAGAGCUACGCCGGGUCCUCUCUCCAGCCUGGCUGUCUCCCUCCCUCCCUCUCUGCCCGCCGGCCCGUCGUGGCAAACAGCGGGGCCGGCGCUCGGAGAGUGCCGGCCCUGCAUAGACCGGCAGGGGAGUUCCUGGGACCUCCCCUGCCGGCCUCGGCCCCACGGCCACCGCGGCCCACCGGGCAUUUGCCCGGUGUGCCCGAUGGCCAGUCCGGGCCUGCGUUCGACCCAUCUAGUCUGCCCAAUUUUCUAAAUACUUUCAUUAGUCCCUGGCCUUAUCUUAUAGUUAGGAUAGCCUUAUGCCUAUCCCACGCAUGCUUAAACUCCUUCACUGUGUUAACCUCUACCACUUCAGCUGGAAUGCUAUUCCAUGCAUCCACUACCUUCUCAGUAAAAGCAACUUGGCGUUAUUAGCACCACGCUCUAACCAACUGAGCUAACGGUCCACGACUAAAAUCUAAUGGGUUUAGUUAAAGCCUCUAUUUGUCUCUUGUGCCCGUUCCCCAGCCCCUCUGUGUCUCUUUGUGCUCCCUCAGCCCCCCAUGUGUAUUAUUUCCUCUCCUCCCAUCCCAAUGUGUCUUACCCACCAGUGUUAAUUUUGGUGGCAAAUUUCAAUAUAGUUUUUUUUUUUUUGUGUGUGCAUAGGUUAAACAAGCAGAUCUGCAAUGCCACAACAGCUGAUGCAAACAGAUUUUCUUAGACAUAUGAUAAUAUUAGUAUGCCAUCAAGAACAUUGCACUUUUUGUUAUAGAGGGAGUAGAUAGGAUUAACACGUAAGCCUACAUGUCAGAUCGAUAAACAGGAAAUAUUUGUAGUUAUGAGGGAUUGCAUGUGCGUGUGGGGAUUUCAGAUGACAAAAAAAAACACUGGGUCAUGUUCAACUAUCAAAGUUUCGGAGGGAAGAGUACUUAAAACGAAGGAGUACAUUACAAGAGCAAAUGAUGGUAGCUUAUGUCUUACACAGAAGUAUGUUAUGCUAUAGGAUAAACUGGGCGUGGGCCUGUAGGAAAAAAUUAUAAAGUAAAUAAAAAGGAAUAUGUCGCCCGGGAACUUGUUAUAUAAUGCUGUUAGGUGUACAUGUUGUGGUGCCAAGAACGGAGUAGCCAAUGCCCGUGGGAGACAUAAAUAAGGGUUGCGUGUAGGUCUGCGUCCAGCCAGGUUUAUUUUCUAAAUCAUGUGGGUAGCCGAUGAGUAUUAUAUCCCAGGUGGAUUGGGUGGCCCUAAAAACAAAAAUAAGUGAAGUGUAUAUAUAGCCGGUAGUCGCCAAAGGCAUUACUUAAGAUUACCACUGAACUGGGGGGGGGGAUAUGAGUGGCUGCCGCCUGAAAUGCCUGGACGAUGUAAAAUUCUGCCUAGUUGGGGAACGGCCUAAUAAUGGCAAUAUGCCAAGCAUCUGAUGGGUGCCAGCAGGGAGCAGUGGAGCAACAUUACUAUUCCCUCCAGGUUACAUUCUGCCCAAGUCUUGCGAGUAAUAAUGACUGAGAUGAGUUAUGUACCUAUUGACUGAAUCAUAAUUGAGACCUGUGUGUGUACAAAAACAACAAGAAAUAAUAAAAUAAACAUAAGAAAAUUCUACAUAACAAAUUAACGUAAUCGCAAGGUGAUUUGUGGUAUAUAAGGCCUGUCUCAGUAGGUUGGUGUCGGGAAGUGACAGCUGCAUAAGCCUCUAGGGUAGGCCCCUGUGGUACAAACGGGGUAAUGGCUGACAGUUCCCAGCCAUGAGGGUUGGUAGCAGGCCUCGGUCGAGGUAGCGUUAAGGAGUCCUGUGGGAGCCCAAGUGUGAUCAGAAGAGCCUUCGCCUCCUGUAGAUCCCUGAUGGGGUAUGAGGCUUCUCCGUAGAGCACUACUAGCAUGUGCAUCUUGCGCCACUAGUAUUGCAUGUAGUGCUUACGGAGGAGAGGUGAGUGAUUGGAGUGACCUCCGCCAUGCCAUGGUCCCUCCUGACCGAUCCUCGUAAAAGGUUAGCGUCAUGCCUUUCAAGGUUUAUGGUGUGCGGCCACAAGUAACGUCCAUCAUCAUUGCUUUAGCUCUUCCGUUCUGGAAUCCUUUACGAUCAGGGCCCUGGAGGCAUUGGUCGGUACUUUAGCCGGUUUUGGGAAUCCGGAACAGGCUGUCCACAUUCACCUCUUUGGCUUGUUUAGGCAGUAUCAGUGCACUUGUGAGGCGCCGCAGGAAGUGUGGCAGUUCUGCGCCUGGAACAGUAUCUGCAACUCCUCAGAUCUUAAGAUUCCUGCUUCGCCGUGAGUCUUCCAGUGCUGCAAACAUUUGUUCAAAUGCCAGGUUCUGUUUCAGAGCCUUCAAUUCCUGGUGUAGGUGUAAAACUUGCUGGGCACUGUCUCGGGAUUCCUGCUCCAGGGUCCCCAUAGGGCGGGUCAGGCUUUGUAUAUCUUUCUGGAUGUCAGCCACAUCGGUCUGGAUAUUUUGCCUAAGGUCUGCCAGUAUGUCUUGCAUAACAGCCUUUGUGACCGGAGAUUAGUCCGGCUGAGGUUAGGUCAGCGCCAGUGGAACGGGUAAUUAUGAGUCCUCUGGUCCCAUAGUCAGGUCGUCGGACAGAUCAGAGCCUUCAUCCAGGUAGGAGGCCAUUUUGGGCUCAAUGAGGCCAUGUGCCUGCUACCACAGAUCCCUUAUGCUUAUGCUCGAUCUAGGCCUCUCCGGCUUUUGUUUUUUAAGUUUUCUGCCCAUCAUGCUUCAGCCUGUCGGAGGGUCUGGAUAUGAUCCCAAAUUAAUGUGCAGAAGUGGGUAUAAGUUUGGCUUUGUAGUACGGAGCACGCCGAGGUUGGGACCGUUUAGUUAGGCUGUCAGGCUCCGCCCCCCUCAGUCACAGUCUUCUGACUAAAUAGUCAUUUUAGUUUUAGUCAUCUGAAUUGUUUUAGUUUUAGUCUAGUUUUAGUCAACUAAAUCUCAAAAAGAUUUUGUCAACUAAAAUCUGAGUAAAUUGUUAGUUGACAAAAUUAACAGUGCCUGAAACUCUACAAAGUUAAACAGCUUAUUCCCCUGACCUAAGACCUAAUUUGUCCUUCAGCUUCAAAAUCUUUUAAAAAACACUGGGAUUUUUGUUAGAGGCUGUAUAAACUAAGAGAAAUCAUAUUUUAAAACGCAGUGAUCUUUGGGCUUUAAAUAAAUAAUUGAAGGAUUUGGGGGUGGGGGGAGAAAUCAGCUGCCUUAAGUAAAAUUAUAUGCUUUAAAUUGGAACUAACUAAUAUGUACUGUUCUUAUACAAACAGAAAUAUAGAACACAUGGAGCCCUAGGGCAAGAGACUCACAAGGGGACACUUUCUCCAAUGUAUUAACAUAUAUUUACUCAUUAAAAAAAAUCACAAACUGGCAUGUUGAUAAACAAAGCACAGUCUUCUAUGAAUUAAUAUAUGGUAGGCCUCCUGGUGGCCUUGAUAGGUAUGGCUACUUAAAAAAAAUUAGAGUUGAGAAAUAUGGCUACUAACAUGUUUGCACAUUUGUUCAAGCAUUUAUGCAUAAAAAUAAGAGCAGAAAUGCCUUGCUUUUAAGACAUGUAAAAUACAACUGCCUCUUGAAUCUUAAAGACUCUACAAAAAAAAAUGCAAAAAACGUUAAAGGGAAACUUCAGACCCCCUUUAGCUUGCUCAAGUGUGAAUAGUAUAUCCUCUUUUUAAAAUUUUUUGCAAAAAGUGCAGAUUUCAAUAGAAUUUGGCACUUAUAUAAAUUAACCUUGUAACACCUCCUUGCUGUCAAUCAGACAACUAUCCUGUUACUUGAUGGUUUGGUUAGCUUAGUGGAGCUAAACUCAAGAGGCAGUAAUUUCUCAGAGCACCUGCCUUGCAAAGACUUGUCAUUGAGCGGCAUUGGGAAUUCUAUGAUUGGACAGUCACAGAAAGUCUGAGCUGGGUUAAAAGGGGAGGGCUUGAAAAUGCAGCAAACAAGAUAUCUGCAGCUUUUUGUGCAAGCUGUUUUUAGAUAUACCCUAGUGACAAAAUGCAUAAUUAAGUACAUUUAGAACAUCUUAUAUAUUAUAUGUUCAUUUAUAGUAGAAAUAUUGAUGGGCGAGGAUUACACAUCAGAUUAAAAAAAAUAGUGCUUAUAUAAUCUGAAAAUAUUUUCUUUUGACACAGAAACAUUAGGUACGAGAGUGGGAUUGCAAGAUUACAUCUUGUUUGAGGUCACGUACAUAGUUCUUUUAGAAAUUAUUGAAAAAAAAACCAUUUACUGAUUACUGGUCCUUCAAAAUAGAAUUUAGCCUAGAACACCAUAAUGUUUCUACAAUGCACCAUCUGUAUUUAUUGAGCCUCUGUCGCAUAGACCUCAAUGCUGUACUUUCACGCAUGUGCAGAUGGCAGUGUCCACAGGGGACAGGUUUGGAUAAGUUAAAUUUACCUUUACCUGCCCCCCACCACAAUGGAACCCCUAGCAGCAAUGUCACCAUUUGGGUCUUUGUAAAUGAUGCAAAGCCCCCAGACGGUGACAGUGCCGCUUUAACUAUAAAUCUAUUUAUCCAUCUACAUAUGUGUGUGUGUGUGUAUAUAUAUAUAUAUAUGUAUGUGUACAUAUAUAUAUAUAUAUAUAUAUAUAUAUUCUUACAUCUUAACAAGCUGAAAUACUCUGCCCAUGGGUAUUUGCAUAGAAUGAGCUGGCAUUUUUUGAGAAUACCGAAAUGCCAUCAAAAUUAGAAAGGAAUGGAUGAAAGAUCAGCAUGUAUCUGCAGUGACACAUACAUUAAAUACGGUUUAUCAACCCUUCAUUAACAACCUUCUUUCCCCCAUUCCAUUGUUCCUCCCCUCCCCGACGCUUUAAAGCAAGCCCACGGCUUCAAUAAACAAUGUACUGCAAGGUGAUGCCACUUCAGUCUUCAUCUGAACAAGUCUUUUUGCAUUGCAAAGCUAAACCAGCUCUGAGCACACCCUGGACCGGAGCAGAGCACAGACUACUGCUUGUGAUAAAGGGUUAACAAGUAAAAUUCCCAUUGAAAUGUUUUUCUGUUCUAACAUCUAAGAUAAUACAGAAAUCUACAAGCUGAGAGUUUCUUUUUCAAAGUGGGCAUUUAAUUUUUUUCUGUAGCUCAUCAUACAAAUAAAUGUGCCCGUAACCAAUACAGUAUGAUUUGCACGAGUGUUCUUGUUUCCUAUAUUGGUCAAAGUAGAUCCAAAAAUCAGGAUAGCCACUGUGGGCCAAUGAGCUAUUUUAUUGCCUAAAGCUGUAUUCAUAUCACUAAUGAACUAUGUUACAAUGCAUUAGAUUCACGAUUACGCCACAGCAAUAGAGCCGACAGCUGUAUGUGAAUUAAAGGACGGUCAUAUAAUGUGGCUGACAAUUUGUAUUUGAAAGUAAAAAAAUCUUUAAGCUUGCGUAUUGUUGCAGCCUAUGUCGAGCUGUUAUAUCUGGAAGAAAAAAAGCCAUAUGUUAACGUGGCAUGGCAGUCGUGGUUUUAUGCAGGUUUUUGUUUUUUUUAUUAGAACCAUAGGACAGAUAUCAACUUAUCUUCUUUCCUAUAUUCAGAUUUGUUCAAGAGAAGUUGGGUAGUUUUAUUUUCAGGUACAUUUUGUGCAAAAUUAUGAAAAUGUGUUUAUUUCCAAAUAAUGAUGAAAACUGCUGCAUUAAAUCUCUUGAAAAUUAGGAUUGUGAUAAUUAUGGAGAGCCCACACGUGUCACAAUAAGGUGAUAGGUGGUAGCCAUAUUGUUUUAAGUGACCGAUUGUUUGGUAAUAUUAUAAAGUGCAACCACUUGUGUUACAAAUCUGAGGCUUGCUAGAUCUGAAAAAGUGGGUCUGUUAGAUUGUUUGGAUCUCAUGCGAAUAGGUUACAAGUGUUCUGAAACUGGUAGGCAGAAUGAAACAAAAAGGGUUUUUGCGUGCCCUAUGAUAUAUGCUAAAAUCCAAAAAACAAAAAGGAAGUUGAAAGUUAAUAAUAUUCUCAUGGUUAUUCUUUAACGUGUGAAUUGACAGGAACUUUGGCCAUUUUAGAAUAAAGCUUAAAAUUAACUCGGAAUUCACUUUGAAUUCUUGACAAUUCACACUGUAAAAACCCUGUAAAAUGAAAUUUCAACCACAUAAUAUUUAAUGUGUGUCAUUAUUGAAUUAUGUGUAUUUCUGGGUGUAGUGAGAUCUGUGUAGUGUGAGAAUACAUGUGUGUAUUUCUGUGUAUGGUGUGUGAAUGCUGUUAAUAUAUAGAGACAUAUGAAUGUUUUUAUAUAAGGCAUACGAAUGUCACACACUCAAAAGUGUCUAUUCACCUCCAGACAACCUCAAUUUACGUACAAUAUGAGAGGCCUAUUCACCUGAACUAAAUUGAUUCGCAUUGAGUAUGAGGGUGGCCAUAAUCCCAAAGCCAUUUAAAUACAAUUUUUUGCUUUCCUUCUGCCUUCGGUCAUUUUACAUUUACGUAAUUAAGUGCUCUGCCCCAAGCUUUGAUCCACAUACAUUAAAAAUAAAAAAAUAUAAAAUUUAAUAAUAAUUAAAUGAAACGAUUUAAAAAACCAAAAGAAAAACUGGACUAUCCCCGGCAAAAUUCAGGAUAGUUGGCAAGUAUAGGCUUAAGUUACUUAACCUAGGUUUUUAAAGGUCAAGUGGCUUGUAUGAAGUUAUUGUCAAUUAUGUUUGUAUUUAGUUUAAAUGGUUAUUUUUAAAGUUUAUCCCCCCCUCAAAAAAAGACUGCAGCCUUUCUAUAGUUUAAGUACGUACGUCUGUGUCUUUCUUUUAAUAUCAAUAACCCUUCCCUUAAACAUGACAGUUAAUGGCGGCUGGUUUUGCCUCGGUGCCAUGAUGGUUAGUGACAUGUGGCUGGGAUUGUCUGCUGAUGCAAUUCUGCAGUCUCGAACAGCGAGAGACUACGGCCAGUCUGGCUAGAGCUAAACCAUAAAAACCUGAAUUUAGUAUCCCAAUACUUUCAAUAAUCUGGAAUAAUCUGCAAUAUAUAAACAGGCUCCAAGAAUGUAAAAGAAUUAAUAUAGCAAAGAGAGGUGUGAGGUCAAGUGAUAAUAAUAAUACUAUCAAAAAGGACAGAUUGUCUUUUAGAAUACCAUACUGCAUGAAUGCUGAUGUUUUUCCUCAAAAUUAAUGGGGAAAACUUUACAUUUCUGGAUUGCAACUCCCGAUAGUCUCAGUAGCCUUAACCCUAACCCUGUCUAUAUCCUGAAUAGAGUAACUGUAGCCUAAAAAAUAUCCUGAUUUGUUUUUCACUUGAUUGUUCGAUAAUUGUGUUGUUUAGCUAAAUUCAAAAAUACAUAAUUUAUAAACAAGAUGAAGGUUUAUACCAGAGAUGGCUAAUGGUCAAUGUUUUUUUUUUUUUUUUUUUUUUACCUUUAGCAAUUAAUUAUGUACUAUGGGGAAAUAGUACCAUCAAGGGAUCCUGGAGACAUCAUAAAAAAAAACACAAAACCAACUUUAAUCUUAAAUCUUGGACAUCCAUGUCCUGGUCUGCCUCAGAUUGGUGCAGACAGCACCUACUAUUUGCAAAAAUAGAAUGGUGGCAAAAUGCGUGAUGUAAAUUAGGUAUGGUGCCCAUAUUUAAAAAUAUCAACAAAGUGUUAGCCAGGAAAUGGCAGACCUGUGGAGAGGGAUAUCAUUUGAAGGUUUAUGAAGUUAGUUGAGAUAACAUACCUUACAUUAAGAAGAAAAUAAAAUCUAAGGAAAUCAGUGCACGUAAAACCCUAGUACGUCAAAAAGAAAGGAAAAAUAAAAUAUUAAAAUUGGCAGUAGUGUUUAAAGAAACACAAUAUAAGUAAGAGCAAAUCCAAAACAAAUAAUGUGUAAUAGAAAAAUGUCUUCAUAUCACAAGACACUUAGUCCUGCGUGUUGGAUUAUGCCACGUAUUUAUUUUUUAUGUACGCAUAUACUGAUAUACACAUUAUACUUCUACUCGAGAGAAGCUGGCCAUUGUUUGGUUUUGUUUGUAAAGGCAGGAUUGUCACACGUGUCUCUCAACAAAGACAUUGGUUCUUGCGAGUGUAGAAUUUCCCUGUAUUAGCAACUAUUGUUGGACCAAAAGAGCGAGACAACUUUGUAUGGAAUGAUGUCACACAGAGACUUUCUAAGGAACUGCAGUACCAAUUCACAACUUUACACAUUCUAAUACUUCCGGAUUCAAAAACUAUAUUUAAAAAAUGGUUGCUUCCAACACUGUGUGUUGUUUUUUUAAAUUUAUUUUUGCUCCAAAUGGUUCCUGAUGAAAGCUAUGAUAAAGUAGGAGACAGCGAGUUAGUUACUAUUUAACAUGUAGAAUGUGGGCACAUCUCGGAGGGAGCUACUCACCAAAUCACAAUUGAUCGGCACUGACUAAAAAAAACUCAAUAUUUAUCGUCAGCAAAAAUAGUCCAGCCCAGACAAGCUUGUUGGUUCUUUUUGUUUUUUAUGUAGCGUAGAGGCCAGGUUCCAAAAAUGAAGAUGCAGAUGCCUUGCCUUAUCCGCAUCUUCUUCCACAGCAGAAACUUGUGUUGGUAUGUCUCAUAUAUGUAGAAUGUUGUUAGACUCUUCCGUUCACUCUAAAUCUUCUAGGGAUUGUUGGAACCUUCCCAGAAGCAGCAGUGAGAUCGCCAAUGUAUUUCCUCUUUUCCUCCAAGAUUAGUACUCUUUUAGCACGACUGGCCACUUUGGCUUUCAGGUCUCCCAUUUCUUUAUGGAACAUAAUUUCCUGAAAGCUUUAAUAUUGCCAUUAGCUGAGUGAGUAGUAUUAUCACCCUAUUCCAGGAUCUUUAAUUACAAGAGUGUUUGGAAUAGGUCCCUGUGUCACAUUGUAGUAUUUUCUCAUGGAAGGCUGGAAGGAAGUAUGAGUUUGUGGUUUUGGCUUCCAAAUCUGAGUGUUUGUGUACAUAAUAUCGCUUAUUUUUUUGGAUCUCUGACUCACCAUGAUCAACAAAGUGGGAGAGAUCUCAAUUGUAAGAAACCAAAUGGUAAAAUCAGUAAAAAAUAUAUCAAAUUAACUCUUUAAUAGAGGCGCUCCGUAGUUCUCCUGUCCUGCUAUAAGCUUUGCCCCGUAUUAUUUGUAUAUAUUUUUUUUAUUUAAAUAUAUGUCAGCAAUCAUUAUUUCUUCUAGGUUGUGAGUUUUCAGUGUUUAUUCUCUGUUUCCCUAGUUUGACUUGCAAUUCUCCAGCGUCUCAGCUGGAAUGCACUUUAUUCCCAGGUCUACUCUGUAACUGAAGGCAUACUUCAUAACAUUAACAUUUGAUAAUCUUUUUUUGAUGUUACUGCUGCUUUAACAUCAUUCUACAGUUAUGUUUGUUCCAGAGAUAACUCCUUUCCAUUUCUUUUCUAUUUUUUUUUGUAGUGAAAAAGGCGCAGUUUGAUGGCGCUCAAGGUAAGAUUGUCAUUUUGUUAUUCAAUAUACUAGACAGACAAGUGCAAGCCAGCAGCUCCUUAUUGCGAUUCACAUCUACAAAAACAAGACACCUACUUGAAAAUAUUGUCAGUCUACAGUUAACCAGUGCCACAUCUCCUCCCGUGAUUCUAAUGUUUUAGCAAUGAUAAUACAUGCGCAAAGGCAGCUUCUAGUAACAGCGUUUAAGAAGCAUAGACAUGCCAAAACUGGAAUUGACAACACCAAUAAAUUACGUAGAGUCAAAGAGUGGUCAUACAGUUUCCCAAUCUCAGAUAAGAUUGACAAUGUAACAAUAGUAAUAAAAAAGGCUAAAUCUAAUCAUGAAAAAAACUAUUUUUUUAGGGGUAGUCUAAGUCUAAUUUUUCCUUUACAUUGACAGAAAAGUUUAAUGCUUACGUAACGCUGAAAGUACAAAAUGUGAAGAGCACAACAAUAGCAGUGCGGGGGAACUUGCCCUGCUGGGAACAGGACUUUAUGUUGUGAGUAUCAUAAAUAUUAAUAAUUUUUCAAACUUGAGAGCAUGUGAAAAAAGUUUGAGAUAAUGGGUUAAUAUAAUUAAGAGCAGAAAUCUUAUAGAGAAUCGCGCAAUUCACAUUUUUUUUUGUAUAGUGAGAGAUGUGUUAUAUUUGGGAAACUGUAAUAUAGCUCCACCCUUCUUUGUCGUUAAUGUCAAGCAGGAAAUAGUGAGAUAAUUCUCAGGAAGAGCAGAAAACGCAAUAAAGCUAUAAAAUGGAAUGGAAACCACUUAGUAGAAACACAAACAACGUGAAUUAUUCUACAUGGGACAUACUGGCAGGAUACCAUUAAAUUAUAUGAGAAACUUUUUUUAAACUUUCAUUACAUUUUUUAUUGUUUUUUAAAAUACAAUACAUAGAGAAAUGAAAAUGUUGAAAAAAAUAUAACGCAGUUGGCUGGAAAUCUUAUUCACUUUGGUGUUAUGGCAUGGGCUUAAAGGAACACUAUAUAGUCACCUAAAUUACUUUAGCUAAAUAAAGCAGUUUUAUUGUAUAGAUCAUACCCCUGCAAUUUCACUGCUCAAUCCACUGUCAUUUAGGAGUUAAAUCACUUUGUUUCUGUUUAUGCAGCCCUAGCCACACCUCCCCUGGCUAUGAUUGACAGAGCCUGCAUGAAAAAAUAAACUGGUUUCACUUUCAAACAGAUGUAAUUUACCUUAAAUAAUUGUAUCUCAAUCUCUAAAUUGGACUUUAAUCACAUACAGGAGGCUCUUGCAGGGUCUAGCAAGCUAUUAACAUAGCAGGGGAUAAGAAAAUCUUAAUUAAACAGAACUUGCAAUAAAGAAAGCCUAAAUAGGGCUCUCUUUACAGGAAGUGUUUAUGGAAGGCUGUGCAAGUCACAUGCAGGGAGGUGUGACUAGGGUUCAUAAACAAAGGGAUUUAACUCCUAAAUGGCAGAGUGUCCCUUUAACAAGAUCCCGGGAGCAAGCAUUUUUAUACUAGAUAAUAUUUUUACUUCCAUGUAUUUGGUAUGUGUUUCCAGUGAAAUUAAUAGGUUAGAUCUUGGCCUGACGGUGGAAGUGUGGAACAAGGGAUUGAUCUGGGACACGAUGGUGGGAACUGUAUGGAUUCCGCUCAGUAACAUUCGGCAGUCUAACGAGGUAAACAUUUUUGCAACUCUUGUUCUCCAGUUGUUGGACUCUAAAAUGCUGGACUACUUGUCCAAAAUUGUGUCAGUUAUAAUCUAGCCAGGGCGAUAGAACAAAAUCUAGAAUGCUCUUUGUGUAAGCAGCUUCAAGCAUUUCUUUUCAUUUAUUUUUUCCCGUGUGUUCUGUAAAACAUCAUCUCAGGAAUGGUGCUAUCGUAAAGAACAAUGCACUUACAACAGAUAAUUAAGAUGCACUUUAGCUUAUUUAGCAAUAGCACUGUUGAAAAUUUCUCCUACAUUGAAAUUAGUCUAAGACCCACCGAUAUUGGGGUACAGUGAAGUAGUGUUGAGCUUAGCACAAUAUGGCCAUAUGGUGGAUAUGAAUUCCCAUCUUUGUUUACUGAGAUAGGUGAUUUCAAGUAGCCUUGUAAAAUUGUAUUUGCAUGUGUGCCCUGUUCCGUAAUCUGUACUAUAAAAUAUUACUGUCAUUGUUUAUUUGUAUGUAAUUCUGCCAACAACAUAUUACUGUGGAAUAUGCAAUAAGUAAAUGAUGAUUAAAACUGCCAAGGGACAGUACUAAUACCCAGGUGACUGGGCUAGCUGAGGACAAAGAUAAAAUAGGAAGGAGCUACAGAGACAGAGAGAAAGGAACAGAUUGUGAAAGUAAACUGCAAACGUGCAGAGCUGGGAUAGGCAACCUUCGGCACUCCAGAUGUUGUGGACUGCAUCUCCCAUAAUGCUCUUACACCCGUAAUGCUGGCAAAGCAUCAUUGGAGGUGUAGUCCAAAACAUCUGGAGUGCUGAAGGUUGCCUAUGCCUGCUGUAGAGACUAGAAGGAAUAUCUAAAGGGAAAUGAGGUGUGUGGACAGAUCCAGGGAAUGUUUAUUAUAAUGAAUAUAAAAAUACUCAAUUGUUUUGUUAAAUAUUCUGUUAUUAUCUCUUAGUUAUUAUGCAUAGGUGUAGCUUCAAAACUAAAGGGAGAAACAAUAUCUAAAAUAAACAAUUUCCUGAAUGGGGGUUAACCCCUGGUGAAAGGGAAUUUCACCAAGAACAAAAACAACUGAAGGGGAGACAGGAGAAAAGUCGGAUUUUUGGUAGAAUUCCCUAAAGUGUGGGAGUCCCUGCUAAUUCCGGAGAGGGAGAAAUAUUGUUCCGAAAAAAGAAGAGAGGGAGAGGGGGGAGAAAAAUUAUACAUUUAUGGAACGGGUACAAACCUAAAGAGAAUAUAAAACUUAACUUUUAAUAGAGAUAAAUAUAAAUGAGGUGAGUAAAACCAAAACUAAACACGCUAUGUAUACAAUCCCCAAAAAAUAUAAUAAACACAAAAAUAACUAAAUAAUAGGUUUGGGUGAGUACAAUCACUGGUAAGUCUGGAUACAUAAUAUAUGCAAAAGCUCACUCUGAUACAAUGUAUCGGUAUGAAUGAGUGGCAAUGGUGCCAAACUGAAAUCAGGACCUAUAGCAAAAUAUAUUAUUGUAACGAAUAGUUAAAUAUCGAAAUAGUGGGGUAUAGUUGCAAUCGCUGGACUUGUCAGGUACAGGUAGAGUCUCAGCUGACUGCAACGAAUAUAGCGUCUCUAAAAUGGAACGGUCACUGAAUCUGAUCCGUUUCAAGCGUCUAGUAUAGUGCUGUGAUAACGCAGAAUACAGGAACAAUACUGUUAUAGCAGACAAAUGAUUGUCUUAGCUGUGCAUAUUAGCCACAGUAAUAGUUCAGUUUUUGAUGUUAAGGCAGAGUCACCGCUAGCUGCUGAUUUUUUCAUAAAUGUACAUUGGAUCCCAAGACUAAGUCUGAAAGUAGUAUCUAAUAGCAAACCCAAAUAGCAAAUUUUGCCAAGAUAAGAGCUGUGAGAAAUGCUUGCUCUAAUGAUUAAUGCGGUCAGGAGAUAGCCACAUGGGAGUUGUUGUCUAAGCAGUUAUUCUCAAUGGUAGUGAGAAGAGGCUGCACAGGACAAGGGACUUGUUAUGGGUAGAAGGAAAAAUCAGCACUAUAUAUAACAAGACUGUGUCUACUAAAUUAUAGUGUAAAAGGUCUACACAGGGUAACUGAUACAGUUCUGUAGUCUAAGCAAUUGUAAGCAGAGAGCAUAAUGCAAUGACAGGUUGCAGUUUCAAGAUGUUCUGCCUAGAAGCACUGGUAAGUCUGUAUUUGAAAGGAAGGGAUAUGAAUAUCUAUAUCUAUAUCCUAGCUCCCAAACACCCUAAAUGCUUGUGCCUUUGAGGGCACUCCUUAAGUAAAAACCUGCAUAGACCCUCACGCUACAUGCACAGAACCUCCCGCCAGGACCCUGCACUGGUAACAAAGUAAGUAUUUAACUGCUGCUGCCAGGAGAAGCUCGGGUGGUAUUUCUAAAGAUAGUGCGGCGGCUGGUACCGAGCCUCAAAGCAAGAGAUUGCUUUAAAUAUGGUGUAGAGUCAUUGUGGAUAGCUGGUGUGUUCCCCUGACGCGCGUUUCACCGCUCUGGCUCAUCACAAGGGGAACUGGACCCCUGGUGGAACCCUGUAUAAGUAGGUAUAGCUGAAGUGAAACUCUGUAAUUGGAUCUGAUAAAUAAUUUUGUCUUAUUUUGAAAGGCUCACUAAAGGCACCCAGACCACUUCAUCUCAGUGAAGUGGUCUUGGUGCAUGGUCCUGUAGAUUUAACCCUAUCAUCCUGAACUCUCAUGGCAUUGAGUUAACACACCUCUAGUAGCUGUCUUCCUGACAGCCACUAGAAGCACUUCUGCAUUCUAACUCAGUUCUCAAACAAAUGCUGCUCUAGAAAAGAGGGACAGGGGAAUUUGGACCCAAUAUCGGUACUGUCUCUCUUAAACAGGGAUACUUGGAAGGUAUGGAUUUGCACAGCAUUGCAUCGGAAAAGUGUAAGACCGGGAUUUUCAGGAAAUUAUCAGGUUCACAUGAUCCAAUACAUUUGCAAGAGCUUUUGACAUAUUUAGCUAAUGUCUUUUUUCUCUUGUGGAUUAAAAAUUGAGGCAACUUCAGCCUGGAUUGUCCCUUCAAAACAUGGUGGGAGGAUUAAUAGUUUGUUAGGACUGUUGUUAUAUUAUUAAUAGUAUCUAUAUCAAAUGUAUUAGCAGUUUUUGUGAUAGGAAGAUCGCAAAAAUCCCAGGAUCUACUUAAUUUUUUUCGAAGAAACUUGUGAUUGAUAAUGUAGAAUAGUGUUUUUUAACUCCAGACAAAAUGUAUGUUGAUUAAAAAAGGUUUCAUGUACCUCUGUAUACACAUGUAAAAAAACAACUACUUAAUAUUAAUCUAUUUCACAAUUUUAUUUCAUUCAUUUACUCUCCUUCCUGCACAGGAGGGUCCUGGAGAAUGGUGGACACUUGACUCUCAAGUCAUAAUGACAGACAAUGAAAUCUGUGGAACCAAAGAUCCGACGUUUCAUCGCAUCUUGCUGGACACGCGAUUUGAGCUUCCUCUUGGUAAAAUAACAGCGCAUAUAUAUAAAAAUAAAAGUACAUCUUAAAUAACCACACGUAACACCUCAAAACGAAAGGCAUCUUCUAGGUGCUGAACCUCUUUGAGAAUAGUUUAAACGGAACAUUUUAUGUCCUACCAAAAAUGCAGUCAGGAGUAUUAAAUUCCAAGCACUAAACAUGGCCACCUCUGUGUCAUAUAUAUAUAUACAUACCAAUAUAAUUUGCAAAGACAAAAACUACAACUGUUAUAUUAAAGUUAUUUUUUUUUAAACUGAGGAAGUGCUUGUUAUUCUUAUAAUGAAAUAUAUCAAGCUUAUUAUAAAGGUGAAUUAAGCAGUUUGUGUAACUUUACAUUGUGUACUGACACUGGUCAGAAAAAUAUGUCUCGUUAACUAGUUUUGGCUCUAAUUGGGUUACUUGGUUUGCAAAUGGUUUAAAUGUCGUGUUUUUUUCACUUUAUUAAUAAAGGAUAGUACAGUAACUCAGACGAUAUAGGUACGUUACCCUUGUUAUAUCAUUCUUUACCAUGUGGAAUCGAAGACCGAUGUUAUCAGUAGACAUCCGCAAAAAUGUAUUUCCUGCAACCUGUCCAAAUAAAAUUCUUGGUAUUUAUCAAAGGAAUCAAUUCUGAAAAUACGGUUUGUUCAUAAAUGUAACAAAAAAUUUAACAAAAGUGGUUGCUUCAAAAGCCUUUUAACUAUAACCAAAAAAAAAAAGGAUUCUGAUUCGAUCACUUUGGUUUGUUUAUAAGUGAACUGAAUUCUCUGAAUUUAUUCAUUCUACAAUUACCAGUAAUUUUAUUCAGACGUAUUGCUUUAAAACACAUUUUUGCAUAUGUCUAGUUAUCGGUUUAUUGGGAAAGAUUUCUGUGGAGUGCCAGAUUUUCCUCUUUGUCACUAAAACAUUGCAAUGUAACCUUUGGGUUUAACACGUAGGUGUGAAGAAUGUGUCCUCCUUCCUUUACUAAGUAUACAUCAUCUACUGCUUUAAAUUGGCUCCUUUUUCUGCCACUGACAUAGUAGGGAUAAAAACAAAGUACAAAUAACUCAGUGCAUAUAAAUAUAUAUAUAUAUUUUUUUUUAUUAUUUAGAUAUUCCUGAAGAGGAAGCUCGCUACUGGGCCAAGAAACUCGAGCAACUCAAUGCCAUGAGAGUUCAGGAUGAUGUGAGUGAUGAUGUUGAGUCUGUAUCAAACUUAUUCUUAGACACAUAGUAUAAAUUAAAAUAAUUUGUUCCGUGUUCUUUUUAGAAUACUGCCCCCUUGGUUUAUAAAAAAUCAUAAAAAACUAAAAGCCAUAAAACUUAUUUUAGUGCCAGGAUAGCCAUUCGUCCAUCAAAGCCAUUAAGACUGGUGACUUUUGUCCCAUAGGUUGCUUCUCGUAGAGGCGCAUGCAUGGCAAUCACAGAAAAGCAUUGGAUGCACAUAGCAUCCAGCAUGAACAUACUUUAAAGCAAGCAUGUCAAACUCGUGGCCCGCGGGUCUGUGCGGCCCACAAGGACCAUCUUUGCGGCCCGGCGAGCCGUGGGUACAUGCUGAUGUUAUAGCAGGGUAGGCACCUGCUUUCCCCAAAUUGCAGAUGCCUACUCUGCUAAGACUUACCCGGCCGGGGAAGAGGGCCAGCGAGGGAGCUCAGUGUUCCUGAUCCUCACUGGUUCCUUACGCGCGCUGUCUGUAGUGAAGCCGGGCGCCAGAAUAAGACGUCAUAUUCCGGCACCCAGCAUCACUAAACUGCAUGAGGGAGCAGUGAGUAUGUCUGUCUGUCUGUGUGUGUGUGUCUGUGAGUAUGUGUGUGCGUGUCUGUGAGUAUGUGUGUGUCUGUCUGUGAGUAUGUCUGUCAGUAAGUGUGUGUUUGUCAGUGAGUGUGUGUGUGCGUGUAUGUGUGUGUCUGUCAGUGUGUGUCUGUGUGUGUGUGUGUCUGUCUGCCAGUGAGUCUGUGUGUGUGUCUGUCAGUGUGUGUGUCUGUCAGUGAGUGUGUGUGUGUCAGCCGGAGGAUCAAAUUUGGCACAGAGUGGUAGAGGUGGGUGCUGUGGUUUAGUAGAGGGGGGACUGAGAUUUAGUAGAGGGGAUGCUGUGGUUCAGUAGGGGGGAUGCUGGGGGUUUUCUUUUUUAAAAUAAACCUAUGUUUCAAUGAAAAUGUAAGGGUUUUUUUUUUUUUUUUUGUGGCCUACAUAAACUUAGACCUUGUUUAUGUGGCCCCUGCCAGACUUUGAGUUUGACAUGUUUGCUUUAAAGGCUGCCCUCGGCCAUCAAAUAGAUUCAAUUAUUAAACUUAUUUUACUAAUUUGCACACUUCUUUGAUACCAACCCAGGGUGCAGAUCUGGACCUGCGGCUGGCAAGCCCCAAUACAUCAGUAGGAAAACAUAAAUGAUCCAGGCACACAAGAUAAUUAGAUGGUGGGUUUAAUGAAGAUCAGUGCAUAAAGUAAGAGCAGCAACGUUUCGACCUCAAAUGAGGUCUUUAUCAAGCUUGCCAUCUAAUAUUCCUUGAGUGCCUGGACCAUUUUUGCUUUCCUACUGAAUUUAUUUUAGUCUAAAGUCCAUAGUGGCAGUCACUUGUUUAUAUGAAAAACUGCGAACUUUUGUCACACCUCAACAAGGCUGUCGGGCCAAAGUUCUAUAAUAGAAAAUGGCUGACUUGACUUCUAAGUAUAUGUGUAAGAUUAAUGGAAGGUGGCAUCACUGAUUGCAUAUCGUCAGGGUUUGCUAGAUAAGAAUUUCUGCUGACACAAAUGUGAAGCUCCCAGUUUUCAUAUUAUGAUGUGGUUUCCUAAUCGGCUUUUCUCAUUUCAGUACGUUUUUCAAGAAGAGCAGGAUGAUCCCCUUCCCAACCAUCGUUCUCAGUGCUGUAUGUACAUGUCUGUGUAUAAUAUAUAUGUGUCCUAUGAAUGUUGAUGAGGUCAGGGUGUUGGGAGGAUAAACUUAAAAAUAGAAACAAAAAAAUCUAAAAUGUGACUUCAUCUAUCAGCAGUUAUUUACAAUAUAUAUAUGGGUGCACGUAGGUGUGAAAAAUGAUGGAAAUACACAUAGCAAGCAGCCCUCUUAUGUCCUCCUGUCAAUUUUCUUUGAGGUCAUGUAUAUAGAUCUUUUAAGAGUGAUGUUUUAUAUAGAACACCAUUAUGUUUGUACAGUGCACCAUCUGUAAUUAAAGGGUCACACCAGACCCCUAAGCAACUUUAGCUUGCUAAAUAGCUUUAUGUGGUAAGAGGGUGUCCUCUUUUUUGAUUUUGCAAAAAGUGCAGAUUUCUAUACAAAUUGACUCUUUUAUAAAUUAACCUGGUUACACCCUCUUGGCUUUCUAACAGACAACAGGUAAUGUUACUUCCUGGUUUUGUUAGCUCAAUACAGCUGACCUCAAGAGGCAGCAAUUGCCCAGAGCACGUGACUUACAAAGACUUCUCAUUGAGCUUCAUUGGGAAGUCUGUGAUUGGACAGCCAAGAGUGUCUGGGUGGGGUUAGAAGGGGAGAGUUUACAAAGGCAGCAGACAAGAGAACUGCAGGUUUAGCAAGCUGAUGUUAGAUAUUAUUAGAUAUUAUUAGAUACACAGAUAAAAUACUUAAUUAAGUGGAUUCAAGUUUUCAUUUGGGGUAUAUCUACUAAACAGUUUUUGGAAAAAUUUUAUUUGGGCAGUAGAGUGUCCCUUUAACAAUGUAUCUUUCAAUCUAUUUACAUAUGUGUACAUCUUUAAAUGUAUAAAUGUAUGUACAUAUAUAUCUUACAUUGUCAUCUUAUGUGAUGGAUGGAUAGAAUGUAUUAACAUAUGUUAAAAAUCUGCCACUAGAAUGGUUAUGACAAUACAAUUUAAAGGAACACAAUAGCGUUAGGAAUCCGUAACUGUUUUCCUAACAUUAUCGUAUGCCCUGGUUCCUAACUUAUUAGACACCCCCACUGCGUGUAUAAAGGGAUGUAAGCCCCUUUUUCACUCACCUUAAUUCCUGUGCCGAGGUCCCUUAGCGCUGACUCCAUCUCCUCCUUCUGUGGGGUUCCGCCUAUAGAGGGCCUAAUGCGUAUUUGCACGAUGAGUUUCAUGUGAGCAUUAUGGCUUCCCCAUAGGAACGCACUGAAUUAAUGCUUUCCUUUGUAGGAUUUUAAAGACGCUAAAGAUGUCCUUAUUCACAGUUUAACUCAGUGAUAAUCCAGGAAGCACCUCUUGUGGUUGUCUAAAAGAAAGCCACUAGAGGCCGUCUUAACCUUGCAAUAUAAACAUUGCAGUUUCUCUGAAACUGCAAUGUUUUCAACUUGCAGGAUUAAGGGGACAGGGACACAGCACACAAUACCACUUCGAUGAGAUGACGUGGUCUGGGUGCCUAUAGUGUCCCUUUAUAGUGUCCCUUUAAGAAAAAAGAAUUUAACAUUUGUUUUAUAUUUUAUAAAAUACUUUAUAAGCCUAAUUAAGUUCUCCAAUAGGGAGAAAAGGGCAAGAUAAGAGAAGGUGGUGUUUUGGCUAGCAAAAGCUAUAUUAGUAUCUAAUCUCUCUCAUAUUUUGGAUUCCUGCUAGGUAUACCUGAUUACUUUGGCUGGGGAGAACAACGUAGUAAGUAUUCUUCAUUUUCAUACAUUGGAAUUGGUAGUUCAAGUAUCCAGAGUCCUCCCUGUCCUGAUGAUGAAAUUGCCAGGGUUGGCUAGGUCUAAUGUUGGGGGGGGAAAUAGUCAACCAUGGGUGGAGAGUUUAGAGCAACCGGGUCUCACUUAUGUCCAGAGGAAGGAAAGUUCACAGUAAACUUGGCAAUAAGUUGAUUUUUUCAGAAUAACCAGGUAUGGUUACUCUGUUCUUUAGCACAUCUCCCAAAGAAGAGUGAAUAAUACUUUUUUAUAUCUUUAGUAACAAGUUUCCUUUCACUUUCAACGGCAAUAAUUUGUAACUGAUUCCCCGUUAAAUUAUCUCUAAUAAUCUUCCAUUAAACUAUUAUUGGAUGUUUAAUUGUUGACAUAAAACUUAUUAAAGGUAACAAAUUGGCCUAAAAUUAUCAUUCUUGAUUUAAGUCUUUAUAUCAAGAAAUACAACAAUAUGGAUGUUUAGUCUUUUGAGACAUCUACGGUGUAAAUUGUACAUUGUAAAUAUAUAUAUAUAUAUAUAUAACAAUGUCUCUACUUGCACAUAGAAAUCAAAUAAUGCAUCCAUAUAUAAAAACAUUUCUACAAGCAUAUAAAAAAUUAACCAUGACUAUUUUUAUAAUCAUCACCACAUUGCAUAAAAAAUGGGUGAUCCAAACAUAAAUAAAGGCUCAUGGACGGGAUAUGUAAAAUAUCUCCAUUUGCAUAUAUAAACACACAGAUACAUUUAUUCUUGUAUGUGUGUAUUGUUCUAAUUUGUAUAUACCUGAGACAAUCGCAAUAUGCUAUCCAUUGUCAUCAUGUAGCUGUUCUACUGUCUACAUUAUAUGUUAUUUCCUUUGCUUGAUUAGUAGUAAUUUUCCUAUAUAUUUGAUAUUGUUUAUGUUCCAGCUAAAUGUUCUCGUUUUUCCUUUGGUUGCCAUUUGCCAAUAAAAUUAUUUUAGUCGUGUCCAUAUUGCUUCUUAAUCCUUAGUCCACGUUCAAAUCGUGAUGAUCCAUCCAAUUCUUGCUUACUCACUCACGAUAACGUAAUAUAGUUUCUUAUGACCUUGUAAACCUUUAAUUUGCUGUCUGGAAUGAUUAUUAUGUAUGUCAUAAAUUGAUCUGUACGCUCUGUCCAUGUCAGUGUCUCAAUUUAUAUAUAUCAUCCUUUAAUUAUUACUGAAAGUCUGGUUCUAAUUUCCUUAACUCUAUCUCAUAUUUCAUUUUUUGAGGGUGACGUCUAGUCUAUUCGACUUACUAUUCAACAAACUGUUUUGUCCCUCUCUGUGGACAGAAUAUCUGAAGAAUAGUCAUGGCAAAGCAUUAAUGUGCUCCAUAUAUUUUUUUCAGCAACUCAAACUGCAUGUAAUUGUUUUCAUGGGUAAAUCUUGAUCACACUAUCAGUACCAUGCAAAAUCCACAACACAAUCUUUUUUUUCAUUAUUUUCAUAUUUGUUUUAUGAAUUCUACACACUUGUAUUGAUUACAAUACAUUUUUGUAUUUCAUUUCAAUAAAAGUGACUACUUAUAGACUUGCUCCUUGAGAAUGUUUCCUCUUUGUCCUUAUAGUUUUUUUGAUCCCAUCUAUUUAUUUAUUUUUGCUCUACUUUUUUUUCUUGAGUGUUCUCGAUAUUUUAUUUAUGUGUGGUUUACUUACUGUCUUGUUUUCAUUUACUUCUGAUUGUUUCCGAAAUGGCUAGUAUGUCAUUUCGCUGCAUCAAUCACUUCUUCCAUUCCAGCAGCUUCUUAAUGGUUUGCAUUCCAUUUAAUUAAACCUCCAUCUCUUAAUCUGUUCCAUGUUUUCCUGAUCCCCCUGUCUCAUUUGGAGUACCUCAUUUGUACAUUCAAAGUUGCAUAUUGCUCUAUCCAAGGAUUCUUGACAUCUAGAUUUUUUGGCGCAUAUUUUCUGUUCUGAUGCCGAUGAAUCUUCUAAUCUUUAAAAUUCAACUGACUACUAAUUUCAUAAGACUUUCUCAGAACUGUACAACAUUAUUCUCAAAUUCCCCGGACUUAGAGGUCAUUGAGCAUUAGUCUUCCUCUCUGUACUUUCCUGUUAGUUUUUCUGUGUCCUAUCUCUACCAGAUAAUGAGGAUCCUGACAGUGCCAUGGAUGAUCGUGAUAGUGAUUAUCGCAGUGAGACCAGCAACAGUAAUCCACUCCCCUACUACUCCACAGCUCAGCCUAACGCCUCUGUGCAUCAGUACCCUAUACGUCAGCAACAAAACUCCCAUGGUUCCUGUACAGACUCUGUGAACAGCUGCGAGAUGGACUACUCAGACCAUCGGCCAAUCAGGUACAUCAGCCACCAGGCAAAAAACUGCACUACGCAUAAUGAGUUUGAUACUUUAUACUGUAAUAUUAGACUUACAAUAAUUUGAUAAUGUUAACUCGGUAUUUGCAAGCAUUGAUUCCUGGUGGAGGGCAGGAUGGAGGGGUUGUGUGUGACCCCCUCUUACCUGUCUCCUCUCUCCCUGGAUGGCAGGCGUUACAAUAGUGCAGACUCUGCCACUAACGGGCGCAGUGAUGUGGAGUCUGUCUCCGGUUCAAGUCGCCUCACCAGCCGGCAGCACUCCCUGGAGAGCCGGCAAUCACUUGACCUUUCCGAUAGGUGGGUCAAUCCUGGGUGUUGCAGUGUGAGUGCUGCAGAGUGCCGUGCUCGUCCCACGCAUAAUCCAUAACAGGCCGAUACUCUUGGGAAGGAAGUAAUCAUUUCUGGCCAUUGACCGAGCAAUGUUUAUCUCUUACUGAGGGACUAUUAUUGGGUCUUAUUGGACCUUAUUUGUCAGAAGACUACUGAUUAGCCAUACGAUGCCACUUAAGGAUAUUCUCUUUUUAUGUUUAUUUGGGUUCAACUGAGCUUUAUGUCUCUUUCCUCGCACCAGUUUUCAGCCACAUAAGCAUUUUGGAGAGAAAUAUAUUUACAGAAUAAUCUUCUCUUAUUUUGUGUCAUCAAAAUUGCAAGACAUACUUAAGAGAAAAUAAACUAUAUUCAUCAUGGAUAUCUUCAGCACAUUUUCAAGGCAGGAGUAAAGACAUAAUUAAAUAAAUAUUUCUCACCCUGGGUAACAUUAAUGCCAUCCAGUGCAUUAAAAAAAUAGUGAGGUUCGCAUACAACUUGUUGCUGUAGUGACAUAUAUUGAGGUUAGAGGCACGUUUCCCAUCUUGCCUUAGGCCUUGUGGUGAACAUUAGCAAGCUUAUUAAAUGGACAUUCCAAAACCUAUAGUUACUAAUUUGCAAUAUGUAGAGAAUGUUGGUAUAAAAUUAUGUGGUAUAAAAUUCUACUUCUAUUCCCUGCCUCUCUGAGGUUAUUCUUUUUUUAUCAGACGGGCAGCAGGGACUUAUAUUUUAGAAUGUCCAGAAAGAGGGCAUGAUCAGUCAAAAAGGGGCAUAUUUCUUGGCUUGGGCCAAAACUAGCUACAAGUGUGUCCUUUUCUCAUGCCAAUUAACUCUCAGAGCCGGGAUCUAAGGUCCGAACACAGAACAUUUACAAAUAGUGUAAUAUGAACAUUUAGUGUAUUUACAAGUAGUGGUUAAAUAAUUUAAAAAAAAAGAUUAAUUAUUUUUCAUUGUGUUAAAUCCUAGUAAUUAAAUAAGAAUAAAUGCAAAUGUAAACAUGCAAAGCCUAGGGUCAUAAUACUAUAGUUAAAGUCAGAAGGAGAUAGUAGAGUAAUUUUCAAUAAUAGUCCGUAUCAGCAAACAAAACCACUAUUCAAGAUGUUGUUGGUAUCGGCCUGUCCUGGGGUGUGCCUCUGUAAAUCUGUCUGCAUGCGCGCUUUAGGGUGGGGGAAUUUGUGUCAUUCGGGGGUCAAUGUAUGGUCCACAUGAUUUUUACAUCAGUAGCAUACACUUUGUGUGUCCUGGAUGGUAUUUCUUUGAAUGCAACAGAGCCUGACGUUCAAUUGGCCACAGUGCUUUGUUACUAUAUUACUAGGCAGAAGAAUUGUCAUGAAUAUAAAUUACUAAAUAUAAAUGGGAAAUUGUAUAUUUAGAGCAGAAGUAGCAAUUAGAAGAGUUGAAUAUCUUAUAAAGUGUGUCCUCUCAGGACUCCAUGUUUGGUAGCUGAAGGUCCUCAGCCUUGUUUGACAAAUCUGUUUUCUUUUUUUUUGUAUAUACAUUGUAAUGUGACUUUCAAUUUGUUGCUAUGCCCUGUAUAAAUUGUGCAGAAUGGAGUUUGAUCUUAAAAUCCACUGCCCCGCAGGACAAUAUCUCCUGGUUAGUGAUUGAACCAUUUAGGCAUUAGCCGUUGAGUUUGUGUAGCCAGCCGGUAUAUGCUGAUAACCGAAGAAAUUGUUUCACUGAUAUUGCAGCAGGUAACUAAACAAUUUUACAUGGUAUUGCAUAAAAUAAGGAACCCAAGCUGUAAGUGUUCUCAAUUAAUAAUAUAGUGGUGAGGAGCCAGUAUAGUGUCAUAGGGGGCUUUGUAAAUAAUGAAAUAUUUUCAAUGUAUAUUUUGUUAAAGUAUAAAAAACAAAGCCUUGUAUGACUAACAGUCUACCCUGUUAUGUUGUAAAUAAAUUAUUAGGGUUACUUACUAAAGAGAGAAUUCAUAGUGAACUUAAGGUCAAAAUAUCCAAAUUUGAAAUAUUUUCUAAGUCAGCUAUGCUCUCGGUUUGGUUACUCUGGCUUCAAAGUUGAAAUUCACUUUGAAUUGUCACUUCAGUAAAUAACCCUGUAUGUGUUGAUCUAGGAUUUCGCGAUCUUCUUUUUCCUUCUCUCCUACUGAUAAACGAGAUCCAUUUGAUGUCCCUCUAUUCUGGCUCAUUGGGGGCUCAUAAUAGCAAAUAGCCAUUUGCAGCCAGUUAGCGUUGAGGCUGUUGAUGUCACUGUAGUUUAGGAAAUGUUUCUUUAGAAGGAAAUGAAGAUUCAAUUCUUCUUUAAGGGACACAUUUUGGAAAUUCUCACUUUUGUAUUUUUUUUUCUGUUUUGUUUAAAGGACCACUAUAGUGCCAGGAAAACAUACUCGUUUUCCUGGCACUAUAGUGCCCUGAGGGUGCCUCCACCCUCAGGGUCCCCCUCCCGCCCGGCUCUGGAAGGGCGAAAGGGGUUAAAACUUACCUUUUUCCAGCGCUGGGCGGAGAGCUCUCCUCCUUCUCUCCUCCUCCGUUCCGCCCCGUCGGCUGAAUGCGCACGCGCGGCAAGAGCUGCGCGCGCAUUCAGCCGGUCACAUAGGAAAGCAUUCAUAAUGCUUUCCUAUGGACGCUGGCGUGCUCUCACUGUGAAAAUCACAGUGAGAAGCACGCAAGCGCUUCUAGUGGCUGUCAAUGAGACAGCCACUAGAGGAUUAGGGGGAAGGCUUAACCCAUUCAUAAUUAUAGCAGUUUCUCUGAAACUGCUAUAAUUAUGAAAAAAUGGGUUAACCCUAGAAGGACCUGGCACCCAGACCACUUCAUUAAGCUGAAGUGGUCUGGGUGCCUAGAGUGGUCCUUUAAUCGUUUUUGACGCACUCUGAUGAUUAGGUUCAAUUGCCAUAUUUUAAAUAAUCAUGUUAAUCCUAUGGUGAUCACAUGAAAUAAGUCAUAGUAUUUUGUACAACUGCACUUUUAAUUAAUUGAUUUUUUAAAAUUAAUUAAGGCUGUACUACCUACACUUUUGUUUUCUUCUAAAUAUAGGUUUAAUAAUAAUAAUAAUAAUAAUAAUAAUCACAAUGAGUAUGUUUUUACCCUUAUACUAUGCUGUUUUUUGCAUUAUUAUUUAUUAUUUCUAUAAUGUUAAAAUAUUUAAGGGAUUUAUGUCUCGUUUCUGGGCCAGAGAAUGUUUAGUUGCUAAAACCAUCCAGAGCACACAAGGUUCCAGAGACAAAACUUACCAUAAUCUACAAGAGAUCCAUAAGGUACCAAAAUGUCUGUAUGGUGUAAAAUGGUUAAGGACGUUUUGUUUUACGAUAUAUUUAAUAACAUGCACCUGACUUGUUCAUCCAGAUUAUUUGAUUGUUCCCAUGUUUCAGAUAUUGUUGACAUGUUUAUAAUUUGUAUAGGAAAGAGGAAGUGGCUUAGAUAAGUCCCCAAAAUGCUCUUAUUGUAAUGAGCUCAACAGAAGGCUAAGAUAUAUAUGCUAUAAAAAAGAACUUUUAAAAUGCUCGCUGCAUUAGUUUAGCUUAUUAAAUGCCUGCAGUAGCAAUCAUAGAUUUUCACAUCACAGCACACACGGUUCAGCCAUUGUCGUGUGAAUUUGUUCUAAUUUAAAAAUAGAUAGUCAACUCGUUAAGGACUAAUUCUGGUAAUGAUUAAAUGCAUUCUUUUAGUAGGACAAUGCAUUUGUAAGUAAUUGUUAUAAUGUAUUACGCUAGUUGUUGUUUUUUAAGAAUAUAAUGCCUUUAAUUAAUGCCAAAUAAUAUACAAACAAAACUAGACUUUAAAAACUCACAAAACAAAAUAAAAAACACAAAAAUUUCAGAUGACUGGUAAAAAAAAAUUACUUUGAUUUGAGUCGUGUUCAAUGUAUCCAAAAUUUUGAAUGUCCUCUGAAUGUAAUUGGUAUCCUGUAUUGACUAUGACGCUAGCAUUUCUGUUUUAAUGCAAUGUUGUUUUUGUGUUUGAGUGAGCUUGCAGAUGUGUACAUGUUGCAAUAUUUUUAUUUGUGUUUUCACCAUGCUACCAUCAUCCCUCUGUACCUACUUUUUGGAUCCUGUAGCCCCAUGGGAAGCAGCCGAUAUGCCUCAUCAGAUGAUAUAAGCCAGUGUUCCUCCCAGCUGUCUGACGAUUUUGACCCAGAGAACUACAGCAUACAAGGCUCAGAGAUAGAAGAUGAAAGAGACAGAGACUCAUAUCACUCCUGCCACAGCUCAGUCAGCUACCAGAAGGACUCUCCAAAUUGGGACGAAGAAGAGGGCCCUGAAGAUUUUGGAGAAGAUGAAGAAGAAGUUGGUUACCCUGACAGAGGGGGGCACAUGUUUGACAGUGACGUAUACGAUGAUGAUGAAAUUCCGGUACAAGAAGAACAAAGACGUUUAAGUUAUGGGAAAGAGGAGGCAGGAUACUUAUCUGAAGGAAAGGCAAAGACCCCACCGGAAAUUCCAGUGGAGAAAGAAAAAACCCCAGAAGCUGUACCCGAAAAGAUUGAAAUUCAAGCAGUGCCUGAGGAGGAGGAGCCCUUAGCAGUUGAGAGGUGAGGGAUAAAAAUAAAAUUGUAUGUAAAGUAAAAUAUGAAAAGACAAAACAGUGAUUACAGUGCAAAAUGGAUAGAAUCAUAGAUGACACAACUUUAAAAAAAAAUGGUACUUUUCUACUGAGCAUUUUGGUAAAAUGGAGGCAUUAAUGGUAGAUAGAUUUAAGUUUAGGCAUUAAGAUACAUCUGGUGUAAGCACAAAUUGGGGCUAUUCACUGUGAAAGUUGGCAAGUGAAUUGCAAAUUUUUCCAAUUCAGCUAUUUUGGCGUAGAAUUUGCAGUUCCCUUGCCAAAUCUUUAUAAUACCUGAUUUAAUUCAUAAACUCCAUUGUUUUUGUAGAAAUGGGAAUGUUUAUAUAUAGAAACGUGUUUUGGAAGUUCGACUUUAUUAGUUAUAGUUUUAUUUGUUUGUUACAAUGAGAUCUUUGCAGCUGAACACAUUCCAAAUGCAAAUAUAUAACUAUAAAUUAAAAAAAAAAUUAAAACAAAAUCAGACAAGAUAAUUCUACACAUUUAGAAUUACUACUGAAAUCUAAUGUAGGGAAAUAAUAUUAUGUUUUAAUUCCAGUUAGUAAGAAAUUGUAAAGUUCAGAGGUAAAACAACAAAUAUAAUAAAUGUAUGUUUUAAAUUGAAAUGAAAAUAACUGAAUUUGUAGGGGUUGAAUUUACCUAAAUGUAAUGUAUAAAUUCAUUCAGUUACAGGGAAGAGAUCUCCAGCGCAGCGAGAGCAAAGGCUAAUUGGUUGAGGGCAUUCAACAAAGUGCAGUUGCAACUUCGAGAGGUACGUGAGAGAUCAAAGCAAUUAUAACCUUCCAGGUUUUCCAGUGAAGAUGAACAUGACAAAUAACUUGUAAUGAUGGUAUCUUCAUACUUCUAGUAUUCAUGAUUUGUUCCAAUUUUUACUAUUGUUCUAAAUCAUUUAUCUCAGUAAUACUAUUGGUUAUUAGGAUCAAUUAUGAAACCUGAUAGAAGCUAAAUGUAUCCUUCCUCAUUAAGUGACUUCAUAUUAUUAUUAUUAUAUUUAGUAUCAUUUAAUCUAUAUACUUUCCAUCAAUUAAUCUGUUCAGAAUUAAAGAAAGUGAUAAGACGAAGCCAAAUAUAUAGUGUAGGAUGAUGUCCUGACUUAAAAUAGGACCAAGUGAAAAUAAACUAAUAAAUAGAGGGCAAUCUUGGCUGGAAAAGAGUGCCAUAAAAACAGAGCAUCACUAAAGAAUUCAUGCACAGAAAACAUUGGGGGUUCAAGGGCAAACAGAGAACAUGAUCCAGAAUGGAAGGAGAAAUAUUGGGAGGGCUUGGUGUCCUCAACAUAUAGACAGUCAUGGUGUGCAAGAGUUAUUAUACUGUCAAAGUGACAAUGAAGAUUGAAGACAAAUGGUGAUACAUAAUAGAACCUUGAGUUACAUCGUCAGCAAGUUAGAACGUUAGAAAGUUAGAGCCUUCACUCAUAUUGUCUGCAUCUUAGAGAUGUAGAAGGUAGGAUAGGUAAGUAGAGAAAAAGCAGUGUCGUCAUGAACACCAAACGUAUGAAGGGUGAGAAGAAGGCAUGGGUGGUAAGUGUCAACAGUAGUAGUGGAAAAAAAGAAUUAGUAUAGAGUGGCAGGAGUUUGUUUGAUUUAUGUAGCCCUAAUUAAAUUAUUGAUCACUUGUAGUAAAAUUUGAAGAGUUGAAACCAGAAUGGAGAGAGUCAUAAAGAACACUGUAUUCAAGAAUUAUAGGGGGUUGUUAUAUAGACCAGCCUUUCAGGAAGAUUGGAUCGAACCUAACUUUUAAUUUCACUGUUAUCUAGGUGCUAUCUAAGUGUGCCGACUAUUCUAAAAUAAGUUUAUUUGAUUGGCUAACAGUAUGUAGGUUUUUCAUGUUUUAUCACGAAUGUUUAACCUUAAACCUGAUUCAUCAAGAAAACUUUGUCAAGUUUUUCUACUGGCUAGGUAAUGUCUUUCAGAUAUAUCUAUCCAGCACAAACCAUAAUUGAGAAGCAAUAGACUGCCCCCAGUCUUACAGCUGUCCGUCCCAACUGCCAGGCACGACGUUAUGUAUUUUAUCCUUCCAAUGCCAGUUGGUAAAUAUGAUUGCUUGCGGCAUUAAAUCAUUCCCAAGCCUCGUUCUACUAUUAGCAACCCUAGUUAAUCAAACCUUCACCCACUCACAUACACAUAUGCACAAUAAGGUUUUCUGGUUACCGUCUCGCCCUUCCUAACAGUUUGAUUGCUUGAGGAAAAGGGGGUACCUAGAAAUUGGGCAGCUCCUUGUUCUUAAAUGUGAGGGAAAAAAAAUACCAAGAACAACUGUCAAAUCUACUUUAGGGCAAAAGUGUCAUGCCCCCUACGCAUUUGGAGUAUGGGGAAAAAAAGGACAUUAUCACAGAUUUCCAUUGGUUUGUCAUUUUUCUUUCUUUUGAUUUACUUAUAUAUUUAUUUAUUUUUAUUUUCCAAAUCUUUUGCCUCUUUUAGUUAGUCCACUGGUGCUAAACGAGUGAGAAAACAUUUGUUUAGUCAAUUUGCAGUGAAAGAGUUUAAUAAGUUUAUAUUUUGGAGGUAAAUGAACAUUAAUCAACGUAGCCCAGAGUGGUAGAUCAAGCAACACUUUCAUUGGCUAUCAUUUAAGUGACCCAUUACUAUCAUUAUCCAUGCAAUCUUUAAUAACCUUUUUCAUGUUUUAUUAUAUCAUUGUACUUUUAAUUUGGUCAAGCACAAAGACUUUGGUUCUUUAUUAGCACGUGUUUGGUCUCCCAUAACAUGACAUUUUGACAUAAAAUCAGUAGAGCUUAGUCUCCGUGGGUUUCUUCAUAGUUUGUUGUGAGAUCCUGAUUGUGGGGUUAUUCAGUAAAUACUGAAGUAGUGACAUUGCUGCUGGGGGUUCGGUGUCCAUGAUGGGCAGGGAAAGCAGAGAUCUACUUACCUGAACCUGUCCCUGGUGUCCUCUUCCAUCUACCAUCCCGCGGGAUCCAACACAGAAAUAUUUAUUUCCCUAAAGUUAUCAAUGAUGACUGCUAUGGGAAAUAAUUUAGCUUCAUGAGUUAAACAAACCAGGAAGUAAAAUGACCAACCUUCUGAUUGACUGUCAGGGGAGGGUGUAACAAUAUUAAUAUAUAAAAGUUUAUUAAAAUACUCACUUUUUGUAAAAUGAAAUAAAAAAAGAGGUCACACUCUUUGCACAUCAAACACUUCAGCAAGCUAAAGUGCUUAAGUUGUGUUAAGUUGUGUAAAGUGUCCCUUUCGGUCAUCACUCAGUUACUUGGUAUUAUUAACCUUUAAAAUGAGUUGACUGCAGAUUAUUAAGCUCAAAAAGUUAUAUAUUUUUAAAGUUGGCUUAAUUACAUCCUUGAGGCGUAUCAGUACAUAAUAAAACAGUGGUAUUUUGUUUUGGUGCAUGUUAUUCCUACCAUUUUAUUUUACUGUCAUUAUCCCUGACUGCCAUUUUGUGUAAUUCAUAUUUAUUUUAAUUUUUUUAUUUUAAUUUUAUUUAUUUUUGUGUUAUAGUUUUGUGUCAUUCUGUGAUUUUUUUCAUUCAGAGCGGCAUGCCCUCUCCACCCCCUUCCUGCACACAUUAUCUUUCCAAACAUCAAUCUGCCUUGUAGGCAGAGACCAGAGAUAUUCAACCCAGGUAGGUGAGGAGUGUACGGCUUCUCUUGAGAUAUCUAUGUAGUGAACGUUAAUAUAAUGCACGGUGAUGUCAAGAUAAAACGAGUAAGAAAGGUAGUACAUAUAAAUAAAAAUGAAAAAACUAAAUAUGACAGGGCCGCUUUAAAGAAUUUCAGGAACGCUUUUGGAGAACAUUUUUUGGAGUCACUUUGGUAUCAAGAAAUUCAGUACAUAUUGUAUUAAUACUCCUGAGAUGCUCAGUUUCAAAGAAACUCAUCAGCAGCAGUCGUUUUCCAUCGUUUACUUGAGAAUAGACUUGGGCAUUUGUUUUCAGACAAAUAAGUUUUUGUUAAAAUAUUUUGCCAUUUCUUCUGGAAGACGAAUGGCCAAAUGCAAAACACAACUUAAAAAUAUGAAGAUCAAACUGCUUGUUGGACAAAAUGUAAUACAUGCAAUUCAUUUGUUUAAUUACAAGAAGUGAACAACCGACUCCAUUCUUUUAUUUGUAAUUAUUUACAAAUUGCUGGGGAGCUUUGCUGAUCAUCACUUUCUAAAUCACCCAUGCUCCCCCACAGACAGUGCCCAGAGAGGGAUUAAGUAAAUAAAGCCUAUGGGGGCCAUUAUGACCCCCAUGCUAGUAUAAUAGAGGUUAAAAUCCUGCCCCAGCCCGCUAUACCUAAUGUAUGGACAUGCCUGUUAAACAGCGAGCAGCCAGUGGUUGCCUGCUGUUAUAAAAGACUGGCCGGCUAUUGCUGCUUUUGAUGCCCAGUUGCUAAUCCAAUACAGGGGGCACCUGUUACAGGUUGAUAAAAUAAUAAAUCAGGGGGACAUGGCCAGUAAUUGGAGGCUAUUGUCCCCCCAGCCACCACCCAUUGGUGGCAGGUAGGUGCUAUAAAUAUAAUAACCCAGAGGAACUUAUUGUCCCUCCCAGCUCCCACAUAUUGUCUUCAGUUGGGGACUCAAAAUAUAAUAACUGUGGGGAUCUAUUGCCCCCUCUGGCACAAAGUGAUUUAUCUCCUAAAUGGCAGAGAAUUGAACAGUGAGACUGCAUGGACAUGAUCUAUACACUAAAACUGCUUCAAUAAGCUAAAGUUGUUUUGGUGACUAUAGUGUCCCUUUAAAUAUAUUAACAUGCAUGCUGGUCAGUGGUGGCAGGAGUAUGGUAAGUUUAUGCUUGAUAGGAUGUUGAUAGGUAUGUUAUAGAUCAAGGAGAGUAAAAAACAAGUCGCAAGAGAGUGCUGAGAUUGGACAACAGCUCAAUUAGCCUGCCCUUCUGUGGGUCCCCCCUUAGUUCACAAGCUAGUUUUAGCUCAUCUUGUGCCUUUACAGAGAGAACCAGGCCAUUUGCAUCUCAGACUGACUCCACCCAAAAGGGCAGUCAAGAUCUGAAAUACAGGCCGGCUCUCUCUGCACGAGAUACAGCAACCCCAGACUAUCGUUUCAGCCUUGUUAGGCAUCAUCAAUGAGGUAUAGCCAAUAUCUCUCUAGGCACCGUGAGCAAGGGUUCCACGUCUGGAUUAUCAUUUAAACUUAAUGCAUUAACUUGUCUCACCCCAAGUUAAAAGGGUAAUCCAGACAUGGACCUCAUGCUCACUGUGCCUUGAAGGAUAUCAGCUACACCUCACUGACCAGGCCAAAAAGAAGGACGAAACAAUCAUCUGGGGUUGCUGUAUCUCUCGUGCAGAGGGAACUUGCUGGCAUAUCGGAUCUGGACUGCCCGUACGGGUUGGACCAGUCUGAUAUGCUUCAGAUACUUUCUCUCUGUAAUAGCACAAGUGAGCAAAAAAUAUUUUGAGACCUGAGCGGGGAUGUACCGAAGGGCAAGCUAUUGAGUUUAUCUCUAAGCUCUUGUCCGUCCUCAGAGUUCUCAUUCUUUCUUUGUUAUGUUAUAGAUCAAGUGUGUAUUUUUUUUGUGUGUUACAUGACCAUGUGUAAUUUAUAUGCUGAUAACAUGUGUUUUUUUCUCUCUUAGGCAAGAGGAGAGGGGAGUGGACAGAUGUCCAAGUCUCUGUGGUUUAAAGAUGGGUAAGGAUGUUUGCCAGUCUCAUAAUAUGUUUAUUGUAGUAAAAUACUCACAGGGUUAAAGUGAAAAAUCAAAUUACAUUUCCAAAAUUUAAAGUCACUUUAAUUUCACACUUAAGUAAAUAACAUUGUAAAAAUGAGCAAUUAACAUUUUUAAAAAAUAAUCUUUCUGUCUCUAAAGUAUUUCUACCUCUUUUACAUGUUUCUGCUCAGUUCUGCUGAUUUUCCCUUUCUCCAUUUUUUUCGCUUUGUCUACAUCCCAUUGUACAGCGCUACGGAAUCUGAUGGCGCUAUAUAAAUAAUAAAAUAAUAGAAAUAAUAAUCAAGCUCCUAAUUUACAUAGUCCCUGAAAGGAUUUACGAUCUAGAUUCCUGUAAAUAAAGAGCAUUUUUUAUUUUAAAGAAACAAAAUAUAUAUAUAAAUGUGUUGCAGCAUGGACAGAGAAUGAGUGAGGCUGUAUUAGUAAUUUAACCUUGUGUGCUAUACAUCUGCUGCAAACUAAAAGGGUUAUUCCAAGCACCAUGACCACUUCAGUGAUUUAAAGUAUUCAUGGUGCUUGGCGCCUGUCUGCACAAUGUUUCGCUAUGAAACGCUGCACACACGGAAUUUAACCCCUCUGCUGUUGGAGGUGGCACUGUCAUUGUAUUGUCAUCAGCCAACCUGAAACUCGAGUUCCGGGCUGGCUAAUGUCAAUUCUUUCAUUGCAGAGAAUUGACAGUCGGCAGUUGCUAAAACCAGUACUGUAUUGGCGUGUAUAUAAAGAAGCAUAAAUUCUCAGAAUGAAAAUAUAAUUUUGCCUCUUUAUAAAUCACUGGUAAGACCGCACCUUGAAUGUGCUGUGCAAUAUUGGGCACCUGUUCUAAAGAAAGAUAGUAUGGCACUAAAAGGCAAGGAGGUGGGCUACAAAUUUAAUAAAAGGAAUGGAGCAUUUUGGCUACGAAGAAAGGUUAACAAAUUUAUUUCCUUUAGUUUGGAAAAACAGCACCUCAGAAGGUAUAUGAUAGCAUUAUACAAAUAUAUACGGGACCAAUACAAACCAUUGUGUGGAAAUCUAUUCACAAACAAGACUACGUAUAGGACACAAGGUCACGCAUUUAGACUGGAAGAAAGGAGAUUUAGUCUAAGGCAAAACAAAGGGUUUUUCACAGUAAGAACAAUAAGGAUGUGGAAAUAUCUGCUUGAAGAGGUGGUUUUAUCAGAGUCUGCCCAGAUGUUUAAACAGCAAUUGGCAAAAUACUUGCAGAAACAUAAUAUACAGGGAUAUACUUUUGAAUUAGUGCGUAACAGCUUGUUAAUCCAAGGAGAUAUCUGAUUGCCAUUCUGGGGCCAAGAAUUAUUUUUUUCCUAGUUUGUAGCAAAAUUGAAAGUGCUUCAGACUAGGUAUUUUGCCUGAUUUUGGAUAAAAACAAAUGUGAAAAAGGCUGAACUAGAUGUGCACAUGUCUCUUUUCAGCCUUGUUAAUAUGUGGUAAUGGUAGUGGUUAUUAUGCUUGGAAAGACCCUUUAAAGAUUGAAGUGAAGACAACAGCCUGACCUGGUUCAUGAUAUAUCCAGUCUUGACUUCCUAAAUGUUUGUCUUGUAGUCAUCUUGUACGUCUGAAUGUUCUUAAUGCCAUAUGGACAUUAUAAUAUCAUACUCUGGAUUCUAAACUAGAUUUGGGCUUUUAUUCCUAGGCAUACAAUUAUCAAUCAAAACACAUCUAAGUCAUUAUUUAUUUUCUUUUUCAUUUGAGGUAGGAUAGAUAGAUAGAUAGAUAAAUUUGCUUUGUUUAUUUGUAAUAUUAUUCAAUAUGCUUCUUUGCUUUGAUUUUCUAUAAUCUUUCUCAUCUGUGCUUAUGUGUGUUUGUAUACUUUUAGGCCUGCUGGUGGCCUCAUAAUUAUUGACAGUAUGCCAGAUAUACGGAAGAGGAAGCCAAUACCUUUGGUCAGUGAUUUGGUAAGUGUCAUUAACUGGACAUAGACAUCUAAAUGUGUCACAAACCUGCACUUAAUAUUAUACAUAGGGCUUUUUCAUUUUCAUAUGCACCAGUAUAUUUUACUAAUGCAGGAUUAUAAACACAUUUAAAUAGUCAGUGAUUUAGAUUGUAUUUUGCCUUUAUGCCUGAUCAAUAUUUGUACCCCACCUGUAUGUACUUUCAAUUACUAAGUCACUCCUAUACCCAUAUCGAUCUCCACCAAAUGCCAUUCACCAGGCAUAUUUAAUGUAUGGAGACCUCCUGUCCAACUUUGUCCAUUCCUGCAUGAAUUUAAAUCAUCACCAGCCACAUCUCACUACAACUUUGAUCCCAAAAGUGCUCCACAAUCCUGUACAUUUGCAGUUAUGUCUCCGUCUUUAUCAUGUCCCUUUCCACCUGUCAUCGGUUUUGUCCAUUGUAGUCAGUUUUAUGUUCUCUCCAUUUCCAUCUCACUGCAUCUAGCUUCUAAACAAUGUUUUCUGAAAUCAAGCCAAAUUAGUGUCUGCCUACAUUUAUGUCUCCUCCUCCCUCCUCCAAUCUCUGAGCAUUUGCCCAUUGCCAUGACUCUAUUCCCAGCCACAGUCAAGCAGGAAGAAGUACCACACCUGUGUCCAUGGACAACCAUGCCAUGUUCCCUCACAGCCAUGGCCCUUGUAUCUGUCCUUACCCCCAUGGAUCCAUGUCCUCGGCUAUGUCCACUACAAGCCAUGGCCUUCUCAUUAUUUAAUCCCUUGCUUGUUGAGUGCUCAUUUUGGAUUUCCUGUGACAUAGCAAGUGCCAUCACUUAAUGCAUAGAAAUGCCUUGAGACUGAUCUCCCCUGUGUAUUUGGUUAUGAGUUGGAGCUGCUUAGAGGGCCCACUUUGCUUUACGUCUAUGCUAUGCUAACACCUACACAAUCUUAUCUAUGCCAUUGUAUGAUAAGAGCACCUUUAAGUAAACUUGAUAAAGCAAUACACUUUGAUCUACUGUAAAGAUUUUCCACUGGUAAUCGCUGAUAACAACUGUCAUAUUGACCAUAAAAAUGUCAUAGCUAACUAUUUUGAAGAGCAUUAGGUAAGGAGAAAGCUCCCUACUUUGUUACAUUGUAUACUAUGGGCAAACUGAUUAUCUGAUGGUUUCUCUUUUGUUUUUUAUCCAAUGCCUUCAUGUUUUCUCCCAGGCAAUGGUAAGUACAGUAACAAUUAUUUAUCUUUGGGAGGGGUGUCAACUUAUCCUAGUUACCAACUUACCUGUAUGAAUCAAUGCUUUAAACCAUAUUGCAUUUUUGUAAUUGUAGUCCAUGUUAAUACUUGUGUUUCUCAAACAUCUAUGUCUCUCCUGAUAGCUAAAGAUACUUGGCCUUUUUAGAUUUGUGAAAAAAGUAGGUGGCCCUUGGGACGAUAAAUUCCUUUCAAAGUCUUUCCGUUUUGUUGUUAUAGUCCGAAGACCUUUUCUUAGCAUUCCGGCAGAGGGAGCCCCACAUAGCUAGGAACCUUUUAAUUUGUAGAGGGCGACUUCAUUAUUUCUUAUCCAUUAGUAUUUAUCAUGUGAUGCAUUCAUGCAAAGGUCCUGUGCCAGGGUGGGUUGAAUAUGACCCUACGCUCUUGUAUAAUCCGUAUAGUGUAAUCUGUACACAUUGCACGUCUGUUACUAACUCAUAAAUUGCCUGUUACAGCCAAUCAGCCAGGAAACCACAAUUCUGGUUCAUUAAAGCUUACGGUGGUCCCUUUUAAAUUAUCUUAAAUCACAGAAGCCUACAUUGUCAAAAGUCUACAUCAUCUACAGACAGUUUAAUAUAAGAGUCUGAAACCUGUAGUGGUUGCUGUCAUGAAAGAAAUGAGUUGCAUGAUUUAUACUAAAAUAGUUGACUCACGUAAUAAUUUCUGGAUUUUUCUGUGACUUUAGUCUGCUGUUCUCAUUGUUCAGAAUAUGAAUAAUGGUGUCUUCUGGUAUUUAUACUUAAAUGUAUGUGAAUGUGUUUUUCAUUUUCUCUUUGCAAAAAUCUACAUUUUACUGGUACAUUGAUUCCGUCUCUUUUUCCCCUUAACACAUCUGUAUCCUGCUGUUGACACAACUAUUGUCUUUUUUUUCUGAAGUCCCUGGUCCAGUCGCGGAAAGCAGGGAUAACAUCUGCACUUGCAACAAGCACCUUAAACAAUGAAGAGCUAGUAAGUACUACCAUCUAAAUUGAAACGAUGUAUUAUAUAGGUAUUCGCCAAUAGUGGUGUAAAUGGGUUUAGGCAUAAUCUAAUCAUAGUGUGCUUUGUGACGCUUUUCAGAAAAACCAUGUUUACAAAAAGACCCUGCAAGCUUUAAUAUACCCGAUCUCCAGCACAACCCCCCACAACUUUGAAGUGUGGACUGCCACUACACCCACAUACUGCUAUGAAUGUGAGGGACUCCUGUGGGGCAUUGCCAGGCAGGGAAUGCGAUGUACAGAGUGUGGAGUCAAGUGCCACGAAAAGUGCCAGGACCUUCUGAAUGCCGACUGUCUACAGAGUAAGAUCGGCUCUUCCUGUUCCCCUCACUUGGCUGCAGUUACAAAAGCAUCACACUAAAAUAUUUCCUAAUAGUGACUAGAUAAUCUGUCUAGAUGUCCAUGCUAGAAACAUGUUUAAUUUACUAUCAGUGAAUUGUGUAUCCUUCAGUUGCAUCCAAUCAUCUUUAAAUUACCAAGUACUGCCAACUUUUUGAUCUGCUAGCAUUCCAUUCGAAAUUUUGUUAUUUUUGGUCUAUUCAAUAUGCAAUAAUCAUGAAUGUAGUCAGUUUAGAGUAUCUCAUCCCAACAUAUCUAUAGGUAGCGCAUUCUUGUUUCAUUCUCAAAAUCUCAUUGGUUUCUAAUAUCUGCUAUAAUUUCAUGUGUGCUGUACAUUUCUCAUAUACAGGUGGUCCUCACUUUGCGACCUACCUGUAUUGUGAAGGCUCGCACUUAAGACCAUCUCUAGCAUGGGGAUUCAAGUGAUUCCCCAUGUUAAAGAGCUGGUCUAUGUUCAGGGAAUCCCUCUAAUCUAUGUUCAGGAAAAUUUCCCCGAAUGUAGACAAGCACACCAGAACAGGGAAUCCCUCUAAUCUAUGUUCAGGGAAUUUUCCCUGAACGUAGACAAGCUCACCAGAACAGGGAAUCCCUCUAAUCUAUGUUCAGGGAAAUUUCCCCGAAUAUAGAUUUGAGGGAUUCCCUGCUCUGCCGCUUGUCUAUGUUCGGGGAAAUGUCCCUGAACAUAGACCUACACUGGUGCGCAUGCACCUCACUUACUGGCCAAUUCAUUUUACGACCGGGUCGUAAGAACAGAACCCGGUCAGUAUGUGAGGAACAUCUGUAUAUAGUAUGCCCAGGACAUACUUUAAAACAAGAGAAAUCUCAAUGUAUCCUUCCUGGUAAAUUAUUUUAUGAAUAGAUAAAAUAAGGAGGAACUGUUACGUCUCAGGACUUUCAAUGUUCUGGUUAUCAAUCCCCUAUAUUUAGCAAAUAUGUUUUGUAAGAUGUGAAAAAAAUUAAAUUAAAUGUAGAACUGUAAUGUUACUUGUUAAUAUACAUUUCAAAAGAAAAUGAAGCAUCACAUGAAAAAAAAGUCAACACAAGUUACUAAGUGAUUUUCAAUGUUUUAUUACAUAGAGACAUUUCCAAAGAAGUGGCAGUUCCACUUUGAUUGCGCUAUAAUUAUUUUCCAUUACAUCCGUAAUAAUUUUACUGAGUCACGAUGAGUACUACAUUUCUCAUUAUCUUUACAGGGGCAGCAGAAAAAAGCUCAAAGCAUGGGGCAGAAGAUCGAACACAGAAUAUAAUCAUGGUCUUGAAGGACCGCAUGAAGAUCAGAGAGAGAAACAAGCCAGAAAUAUUUGAGCUAAUCCAGGAAGUGUUUGGAGUUUUGAAGGCCACACAUGCUCAACAGAUCAAAGCGGUGAAACAGAGUGUGUUAGACGGCACCUCUAAAUGGUCAGCCAAGAUUAGCAUCACUGGUAAGGAGAGAGUUUUGCAGAGCAGAAAAGCGAGAGAAAAAAAUAGAAGUUAGUAUCAGAAAUGAAAAAGAGGCUAGGAGGUGAUACAGUUAGCGCUCUAAUAGCAAAUGGAAAAAAUUAAAAGUGCAAACACAAAUUUUUUUAUUGCACCAUAAUAAUUUUUUUUUCAGAGUGGAUAGAAAAAUUAGAAAGUAUGCAGGUGCUACUUUAUGUGUUAAACUACUGGGAAAUUUCCUUUACCCAUUUAACACAGAGUUAUGUUGUGUUACAGUGGUGUGUGCUCAAGGUUUGCAAGCCAAGGAUAAGACAGGUUCCAGUGAUCCAUAUGUUACUGUCCAGGUGGGAAAAACCAAGAAAAGAACGAAAACCAUCUACGGAAAUCUUAACCCUGUCUGGGAGGAGAAUUUCCACUUGUAAGUUUAUGGCACAAUGAUGAUGGUGGGUUUAGGAGUCUAACUCUACGUGGAUUAUCUGAAACGUCAGUGUUCGGAUGGAGGGUAUUAAAACCCCUCCAGUAUGCAGGCUGCAUGUACUGUAAUAACCUUUCUUCCUUCACCCAACAGCGAAUGCCACAACUCGUCAGACCGUAUUAAGGUUCGCGUAUGGGAUGAAGAUGAUGAUAUAAAAUCACGUGUAAAGCAGAGGUUCAAACGGGAGUCUGAUGACUUCCUAGGGCAGACAAUCAUUGAAGUUCGGACCCUGAGUGGAGAGAUGGAUGUGUGGUACAACCUAGGUGAGUAAGCACCGGUGAACACUGCUUGGCAGCUUUAAUGUACUGCUUACCAUUGUAAGGCCUCACUCAGCUUCUUUUAUAACUCCUCGAAGACAGAUGGCUUGUGAGCAUGGGUGUAGGACCCAGGUGGGAUGAAUUUUCCCUCACAGAAAAUCUAGUUGGGGGGUAUGAAAGAGGUAUACUCCCCCCAGUCUUGGUGAAGCUUUAAGAUAUAAAAAAAAUAAUAUGGUAAAAAGUUGGUUAUCUUACUCUACUAAUAGACUUGCUAGUGAUAAUAAACAAUUUUGCCUAUGGAAAACUGCAUGGAUUAAUGUAUUCUCUCUAAGUAGGGCUGGGAGUAUUAUGAAAGACUGCCCAACCCACUGCCCCCAAACCUCACCAAGAUUUUCUUUGGUUCUUAUGCCAAUGCAUGCGAGGACUGCCACAAUAUAAAGGGAUUUGUAAAUGCUCUGUCAGAAAAAAAGCUAAAUGCAGAAAUAAAUCUUCAUUUAUGUUCAGCUUUACUUUAUAGUUUUUGUGCACUGCAUUGGUAAAACUCUUUAUCUUUUAUUUUUCUUAGAUAAGCGCACAGACAAAUCUGCGGUAUCUGGUGCCAUCCGCCUGCAUAUCAGCGUGGAGAUAAAAGGAGAGGAGAAAGUGGCACCAUAUCAUGUACAAUAUACAUGUCUGCACGAGGUAGGCGCAUAUAAAUUGUACUCUUCUUGGUCUUCUCCUAUUGGCUCUUCAACUAUUAGUCCAACUGAAUUAAUCCAAUAAGUUGUUCUACGGGGUUUGACACAAAGUGUCUCUUGUUUACCCUUUACUCCCAUGUCAUUUUCUCAACCUCUCGUUCAGAACCUAUUCCAUUUCCUAACGGAUGUACAAAAUAAUGGAGUGGUGAAGAUUCCAGAUGCAAAAGGGGAUGACGCAUGGAAAGUUUACUUUGACGAGACUGCUCAGGAAAUUGUGGAUGAGUUUGCAAUGAGAUAUGGAGUGGAGUCCAUAUACCAAGCCAUGACGUAAGUUUUGGGGGAAGUUGGAGAAACGGAAAGUGAAAUUUUGGGACUAGGACCAGUGGAGAGACACAAUAUGUGUAGUGGGUGAUAAUCAAUAAGAGGGAGUAAAGAAUAAAGAAUUGCUUAAUUCAAGUAUGUAUAUGGAAUAAAGUAUUUUAUUUUUAUUUUAAUUUAAUGGCUAGAGAACGUGACUUGAAAGGAAAUCUUAACAUUCCUGGCAACUUUUUUCCUAGGUUUUGUUGUUUUAUUUCUUUGUAAUUUCCCUGCAAUUCUUUUUUAAUAUGCACUGUCUAAGACUAUUUAUCCUCGCUUUAUUUUCUGGAUCUCUGUCCAUCUCACUCUUGAUUUUCUCUUUUUCCCUGCAGUCAUUUUGCCUGCCUUUCUUCUAAGUAUAUGUGUCCUGGAGUACCAGCCGUGAUGAGCACCCUUCUUGCCAACAUUAAUGCCUACUAUGCCCACACCACAGCGUCCACAAACGUGUCUGCCUCAGAUCGCUUCUCUGCCUCCAACUUUGGAGUAAGUUAAGUUUUACUGUAAAAUUGAGACUAUAGACGAGUAAGAAGCACCCAGAACCAUGCUUUGCCGUCUGUGUUCUAAAAACUGAUAUAAUCCAUCAGAAUUUUUUAAUUUAUAUUCUGGUGUUAAAUGUAGUGCUCUAAACCCAUUUCUUGAGACAAAUUGAUAAUUUGGGGGAAUUGUAAACUCUGACCACAUAUGAUCCGUGUGAUAAUGAACAUGUGGAUAAGUACAGGUAGUGCACUGAUUCUGCUUACUAUGUUGUAUGGCUAUGCUAACUGAAGUCUGUUUUCUGUAUCAUUUUACAGAAGGAGAGAUUUGUGAAGCUGCUCGAUCAACUGCACAAUUCUUUGCGUAUUGAUUUAUCCAUGUACCGGGUAAGAAUGAACGUUUGUUUCCCGGGGAUUGAAAAGCUCCUCUUAUUUUUACCUCCUUAGAUAGAAACAAAGAAUGUGGCGGCAGAUAAGAACCAUUCGGCCCAUCUAGUCUGCCUAAUUUUCUAAAUACUUUCAUUAGUCCCUGGCCUUAUCUUAUAGUUAGGAUGGCCUUAUGCCUAUCCCACGCAUGCUUAAAUUCCUUUACUGUGUUAACCUCUACCACUUCAGCUGGAAAGCUAUUCCAUGCAUCCACUACCCUCUUAAGUGAUACUUCCUGAAAUAAUUUUUAAACCUUUGCCCCUCUAACUUAAGAAUAUGUCCUCUUGUUGUGGUAGUUUUUAUUCUUUUAAAUAUAGUCUCCUCCUUUAAUGUGUUGAUUACCUUUAUUUAUUUAAAUGUUUCUAUCAUAUCCCCCCGUCUCGUCUUUCCAAGCUAUACAUUUUAAAGGACCACUAUAGGCACCCAGACCACUUCAGCUUAGUGAGGUGGUCUAAGUGCCUGGUCCAGCUAGGUUUAACCCUUUUUUCUAUAAACAUAGCAGUUUCAGAGAAGCUGCUAUGUUUAUAAAUGGGUUAAUCCAGCCUCUAGUGGCUGUCUCAUUGACAGCCGCUAGAGGGCUUCCGCGCUUCUCACUGUGAUUUUCACAGUGAGAAGACGCCAGCGUCCAUAGGAAAGCAUUGUGAAUGCUUUCCUAUGGACUGGCUGAAUGCACGCGCAGCUCCUGCUGCGCAUUCAGCCGAAGAGGAGGAGAGGAGGCGGAGAGAAGGAGGAGAGCUCCCCGCCCGGCGCUGGAGGAAGAGGUACGUUUAACCCCUUCCUCCCCCCAGAGCCCGGCGGGAGGGGGACCCUGAGGGUGGGGGCACCCUCAGGGCACUAUAGUGCCAGGAAAAUGAGUAUGUUUUCCUGGCACUAUAGUAGUCCUUUAAGAUCUAACUAUCCUUUCGCAAUGUUCCGCAAUGUUUCAAAUAGAAAUGCCCAAAUAUAGCUCGCAUUAGCCACUGAAACUUACUUUAUUUUGCAGUUACACUAAAUUAUUAUGUUUACAAAUUCAUUAUAUCCUUUGAUCAUAUUACAUUAAUAGGGGGAGGAGAAUUCUUUUCAGGAUCUCAUAAUAAGAAGUCACAUAUACAAUAGACAUUUCACAUAUCUGAUGUCCACCGUGUCAUACUUCUGAGAUAAUAGCUCCACCUAUUUUGCAAUAUAAUACCAAUCAACAAGAGAAAAAUACUCGUAAUGUACUACAUGUUCAAUAUAUAUAUGUGUCCAACUCAUAAACGUGUUCUUAUGCACUUGUCUUAUAGAAUAAUUUCCCUGCUAGCAGCCCAGAGAGACUCCAAGACCUCAAAUCUACUGUUGAUCUUCUUACUAGUAUAACAUUCUUCAGGAUGAAGGUGAGAUGGAGAAUGAUGAUAGACACAAACACACUCACAAUAAAGGGAGGUAUGUGAUAGACAUGUAGAAUGAAUUAUUUGGGCCUCUGCUAAAUAUUGCUCAGUAAGUUGGUAGAAAUAAAUAAACAUGUUAAAAAAAAUCAAUACAUCGUACGAUACAGAUGGCUUAAUACUGAAUGUUCAUAAAGCCAGUAGACAGUAUAAGAUGUGGAAUGUGUAUGAAUGUUUUGGAAUGUUAGGGCUGAGGUGUGUGAAGUAGCUACAAAGUAUUUUCUGGAUACCUUCCCUCUCAGCCCUUGUUUUCUCUAAAUCAUAUUCUCUUCCCACUUAUCUUAUCAUCUGUUUUUCCGCUAUUACGGCCCACCUGUCUGUGUUCCUUCUCUAAAUGCUGUACUCUGUAUUUUUCUCAUACAUUGUUUUGUUUUUUUCAAAUUCCCCUUGCAGGUCCAAGAGUUGCAAAGUCCCCCGCGGGCCAGCCAAGUGGUGAAGGACUGCGUAAAAGCGUGUCUUAACUCUACUUAUGAAUACAUUUUCAAUAACUGUCACGAAUUAUAUAGUCGAGAAUAUCAAAGUGAUCCUGUAAGUGGUACAGCCUGAUAUUUACCAACACAUUUUCCAGAAUUGAGGCAGUAUAUUUUUUAUAAGAGUAUAUUCUUUUAAUUUGGGCCAAGUUUAUAUUAGCCUUUGUUUAUUUUCUAGACUCUCUUGGUGCUUUUAGAAUGAAUACAAUAACAGUUUUAAUACUAUGUUUCAUGUUUUGAAGGCAAAGAAAGGUGAAUUGCCUCCUGAUGAGCAAGGUCCAAGUAUCAAGAACCUGGAUUUUUGGUCCAAACUUAUCACAUUGAUUGUGUCCAUCAUAGAAGAAGAUAAAAAUUCAUAUACGCCAUGCCUGAAUCAGUAAGUGUCCUAACAGUUAUGUUGUAUGAAGAUAUUCUUCAAGGAGGCCUCAAUGGAUAAAAUACAAAAUAUCGGAGAUAUUGAAAAAUUAAAAAUUUGUAGGGAAACCAAAUAACACAAAUGUGUUAUCUAAAACAUACUGAUUGGGAAUUAUGUAAAAUAUGCAGAAAAUAUGAACCUUUUUAAUGGCAUUAUUUGUUAAGUAAAUAUAAGCCUGUACAGCAUUCCUUGUUCCACAAAAAUGAUCCCUUUAUUUAUAGUCCAUACACCUGGGUGGGAUUCUUUCUAUGGAAUAGGAAUGGUUAGACAUUCUUAUCUUUAUUGAUUUCCUUGUAUACAAGUCCAGCAAGCCUUUUAUACCCAUGGAGCACAUGUGGGAUGUACAGCUGGUGAGGGGAUAUAGAUUAGUGGGAUUUCACAGAACUGCUAAUUACCGGUGGUGUUAAAAAUAAUUUGCCGGGUCAACCAGGGUUCUCUCUCUAAUUGCAUCUAUACAUUCAACCAAUUUCAACCAAUAAAGAGAAAUAGAGAUAAAAUAAAGAUAUAAACUUAUAGUUCCUCUUUCUUGACUUGUCAGAUUUCAACCUUCUUGUCCCUUUUGUGGUUUUCGCAGUCUAACAAUCGUAUCUAUUUGACUAGGUUUCCACAGGAGCUAAAUGUUGGUAAGAUUAGUGCUGAAGUCAUGUGGAGUCUCUUUGCACAGGAUAUGAAAUAUGCCAUGGAAGGUAAGUUUGCUACACCACUUCUCCUACCCCUUUUCUCCCCCCCCCCUCCUAUGGAAUGCCCUUCCCCUCUCUGAUAGACUCUCACCCAAUGUUCACUCCUUCAUCUUUGAAAACUUACUUCUUUAGGAAGCAUAUCAAUUAAACUGUGAACAGCUUUCCCUCUCAGCACCCUGAUUCUUCUCCUGAAACUGUCAUCAAAACAAAACACUAAGCCCUCAAUGAAUACUAUCCUAGCAACCUACUUUUCUACCCUACCCUUACCUUUUGUAUCACAUUACCCCACUCCCUCUAGCAUGUUAGCUUAUUGAGCAGGGCCCUCAAUCUCUUUGUUCCUGUGUGUCUAACUUGUCUGGUUACAAAUACGUAUCUGUUAGUCCACCGAUUGUAAUUAUUAUUAUUAUUUAACCAGGAAAAGUAUACUUAGUUUAUUUAGUUUUCUCAUUAAGUCCUGAAUUGAUAUCAUACCUGCCCAAUAUGAAUUCUACAAAUAGCAGGUUAAUUUAUGGACUCCUCAUUGUCAUUGAGGUGUGAUAUACACGGUGAAAACAUACAGGGAUAUUCACUAAAGGGAGGAUUGCUGGGGAUUCAAAAUAAAUUCAAAUUUCAAAUUUAAGGCCAAAAUAGCCAAACUGGAAGCAUAUCUGUCUUUGCGGCAGUUUCCAAUUUAGUAGAAAAAAACCUGCAAGUGGAUAUGGAGGACCAGUUGUUAAUAACACAGAAAUUAUGUCCAACUCAUGUGCUUUCUUUAUAGUUGCAAUCCAUUUGCUGAUUUUGGCUGGACAGUUCAGAGAUUCCUAAUAACCCAUUAUUGCUAUGUCUCCUUUCCAUAGAGCAUGACAAGCAUCGCCUCUGUAAGAGCGCUGACUACAUGAACUUACACUUUAAAGUCAAGUGGCUGUACAAUGAAUAUGUUACUGAGCUUCCAUCGUUCAAGAGUAAAGUUCCAGAAUACCCAGCGUAAGUGACGUUUCGAUUAAAAAGAUUGAAAAACACUGUGGUAUGCCCAUGGUAUCUAAUCUGUGUACAGGUACAGGUUAUGCAUGUACUGACCGUUGUUUGUGGCAUAUGGGCAGCUUCUCCAGUGAUCAAGAACUGGUUGAGUUCUCUCAGCCAAUUCAGAUUCUUCCCCUGUUUUCAAUUAGAGUGCUGAGCAUAUUUGCAUAAACUUCAUUUAAGGGACAUGCAGCUCAGCUUUCCCAAUUUAACACAGCUCGGCCUUAUAAACUUACCUGCAGUAACUGUCUGAAAUGGUGUUGUAGUUGCAACAUCGUAACGUACAUGUGAAAAUGUACGUGUGACUCCAGCAUACAAUUAGCCUUUACUUUCUUGUCGAUUGACAUGCAUAUUUCUAACCAUUUAUAGCUGGUUUGAGCCAUUCGUUAUCCAGUGGUUGGAUGAGAAUGAAGAAGUGUCCCGAGACUUCCUACAUGGAGCCUUAGAGAGAGAUAAAAAAGAUGGGGUAAGAAGAUCUCACUUUGAAGCGGACACGAGCAAAUCCUAUGGAUCAUAUUUAUAAACAUAAUGCGUAACUUUGUUUUUUAAUUUGCUGGUUCAUUGUCAACAUAACGUAGAGCAUGAGUAUAUAAAUAUUGCUCCCAUCGACUCUUUUUCCAUCUUCUCCUGUAGUUCCAGCAGACCUCAGAACAUGCACUGUUUUCCUGCUCUGUGGUGGAUGUCUUCUCACAACUUAACCAGAGUUUCGAAAUCAUUAAGAAGCUAGAAUGCCCAGACCCACAGAUUGUGGGACAUUACAUGCGCAGAUUUGCAAAGGUAAUAAUGACUACGUUCGUUUGUUGCUUCCUUUUUUUAUUGUUUGUUGUUUUUGUUUUUCUUCUAAAUCAUCAGGUUCAGUACCUGUUAGUGUUUAUUUUAGUUUUUACUCACUUUUACGUAAUACAAACAAACAAACAAACAUACCAAAUAUGAGAGAAAAUAGCCAUAUACAUGUAGGUGAACUUAUGCCAUGUAUGUAUUUUAUGUUUUAAUUAGUAUUGUUUACUAAAUCAUUAUCCAUUACUAUAGAAACACUUUGUGGUUGGGAGAUAAAACCAUGUAUAUGUUUUGGUCUUUACGGCAGCACCAUUGCAUGGAUAUACAUGUUCUGGGUAUACCCCCAAUUCCCAUUUUUUUCUUGGGAAAUAAAAACAGAACUUGAAAUGUGAUCCUGUGGGUACCUUGCUGGGCCACUUCAUGGGAGGAAUCUCCUACUUACGUGCAAUCCCUUUGUUUUUUGUUUUUUAUUCUUGUUUGUAGGGAUUUUAUUGCCCUUAUGAAGCUUACAAACCCAGACCUGCUUAAAUUGAAUGUCUCUCGAUACUGCAAUGCAUUGGUCUACUGAAAGUUGGAAAAAGUACAUAAAAUUUAAAAGCUUGUUGUAAUAUUUAGGCCUAACAUUUGCAAACCAUUGGUUAAUUUCUGACAACUCACAGCUUAGUGUAUAAUUUGGCUGUAUAUGUCUUUUUUACAUAGCUCACUAUUAGCUAUUUUUUAUAUCACUUAACCAUGUUGUUUUGUUGUACUAUAUAUUUGUUUAUUUAUUUUUUUAUAACCUACUAAAUGUCUUUCUAUUGAGUUCACAUUCUUUCACUUUUCACUACCUUGGCCAAUUAGUACAUCACGAUAUUUACUUUGCCUAUAAGAUUUCAGGAUUCAAUUUUUUUUUUUAAAGCUUUAUAUUUUAAAGUGCCCAAUUGAUUUAUAAAAAGCUUUGACGAUGGAUGUGACUAACUAGCGUACACUACAGAUCUGUGUGACACAUACUAGAUGUGGUUUUUGUUUUUGUUUUGCAUUUUAACUGUCUCUCUCUUUCUCUCUCUAAUUUCUUGCUAUUUGCAGACAAUCAGUAACAUUCUUCUACAGUACGCUGAAAUAAUCUCCAAAGACUUUGCUUCAUACUGCUCCAAAGAUAAAAAAGAAGAGAAAGUGGUGAUGUAUCUACUUUAUAGCUUGUAUUUAAUUUGCAAAUCUCGUGUUUUACAGAUUCCAAGUAACAAACACCUAUUUUUACCUAAAAAAAAAAGUAUUGUUACAGGCAAACUUUGCACAGUUGUUUCUGGGGAUAUAUAUUGUUUCAUACUGUUUAUUUUCCCUGUGUUAUAAGUGAUCAAUAAGCAACAUGCGCCAGUGAACAUAUUAUAAGAGUUUGUUUUAUUCAGCAUUGAUAGCUGAUACAAAUUAUUUACUAACUUACACUGGUAGCUGUUAGUCUGAGCAUUCCUUUAAUAAGGGCAAGUUUUCUUAUAUGGCUUGUUGUGUUUUAUUUAGAGCACCUCUUUUUUAGGGAUGUCAUGGAAGAUUAAACCAUAAAGGGUCAACAUUUUGCCAUCAUCACAGACUGGUCCCUUUUAAAUGUCUGGAAUACCUUGUAUAUUUAGCAUUAGUACCUCUAUACGGCCAUACAGUUGACUACUGAGUUGGUCUUUCCAUGUUUGAAUAUGAUACCAUCCCCAUUUAGGACAAGAGAAUAGAGAAAAACUGUAAUAUCAUGAGUCUUGAUGAUGGGGUUGAAUACCAGUUUAUUAUGAUGGCAUAUAUUGUCACUGGUCCUUCAAGGGACGCUAUAUGCACUCAGGCCACUUCAGCUCAGUGAAGUGGUGUAGGUGCAUAUGCCCAGGUCCCUUGACCCUGCAAAGGUAAUUAUUGCAGUUUAAAAAAAAAAACUGUAAUAAAUACCUUUGUGGGUUAACUCCAACUCUACAGGCCACUAGAGCCACUAGAGGGACUUCAUGGCUUUGAUCACAGUCUGUAAUUUGGUAAAUCAAUCAUUAUGCUAACCUCUGCUAUGAAGAAAGUCAGGUCCAGGCACUCGGAAUAUUGCAAAAAGCAGAUUUAUUGGAACAAAGAGCAAUGUUUUAGCCUGCACAUUUGUGCUCCUUUUUUGCAAUAAAUCUGCUUUUUGCAAUAUCCUAAAUGCCUGGACCUGACUUUCUUCAUAUCUGCUAAAUUGGGAUUUGCCAACCCUGGGGAUGGAGGACCUGGAUUGUAUGCGACAGUGCGGGGCCUUUUUGUGUAUACUACUAAACCUCUGCUAUGAGACAUUAAAGAUGACAAUGCCCAUCAAAAUGGCUCAGUUACGACACUUUUAUUCAACAUUGACAUUGUGCCACAUCUCUUACAUUAAGAAGCCAAGCUUAGGCGAUCACAUUUAUUAACACAUAAACAGGACCAUUAAACAUCCAAGAGAACUUGGCAUGUCACUGAAAACACAUUUCUGAUGUUUCAACUAAUUAGCCAACACCUUGAAAUUCGGAAACGUUUUGCACUCGAGAAGAACAAACACCUCCCCCGAGUCGAUGACAUACGGAAGCAACAACACAAAACUCAUAAUAACAAAUCCUGGAUAAACAAUUAGAACAAAUAAAGUUUAAAUAAGCUUUUUUACACAAUAGGGAACUUAAAAACACAAAAAAAUGCAUGUACAGUAAACACAACAUUUCCAUUUUGAAUAUCCUUAAAGAAAUAUUUGAUAUAGCUUUAGAGCUCUGUGAUAUUCUAAUCUGCACACCACUGUGAGUUUUAAUGGGGAGGAGCUCUGUGAUACACUCAUACAGACUGCACAUUACUGUAAGAUUUAUUGUUGUGGAAUUCUGUGAUAAACUGAUGCACAGCGGGGCUUUCUUUCCGCUGUGCAGCUCUGUAAUACAUUCAUACACACCGCAUAUUACAGGUCAAAGUAAUGUGCAAAACCCAGACCUCCAAAGCAAUGCCGAUCACAGAAUUUUGUAUCAUGGAUGAGUAUCACGAAGUUCCAAACCACUAAUCUUUGUGUUUGUACACGGUACUCUGUGUAAAUGUAGUUUAUGCAAUGUUUAGGUAGUUGGGGGACACACAGCUAAAUACACCUUUGCCUGUGUAAACAAAAGACCUUGCAUCAGCUCUUAGCACAGUCGUAUCAGAAGUAUGGUUUAAUAUUUGUAAAAAACAGUAAUAACAUAGAUAAAGCUGACGUUAUACUUUUUUACGUUAACACUAUACUUUUUAAAAACAAAAAUUCUACAGCCAUGCAUCCUGAUGAAUAACAUUCAACAGCUACGGGUCCAACUGGAGAAGAUGUUUGAAGCAAUGGGUGGGAAGGAGGUAAGACCUCUACGUCUAAUUCGUCCAGUUCUCUCUAUUGUCAUUUUCAUUCACCUGUCACUCUCACCAUGUCUAUUUAAGAGCAGCCUAUUUAUUGGAACAUUUUACCAUGUUUAAACGCCCUCUAAAAUCAGGCUGGAACAUACAUUUAACGUAGUGACAGAGUUACACUGAAAAUAUAUACGAAUGUGUAAUAUGUCACACAAUUUCCAAAAUCAGCUGCCAUGUAGGUGAAACAAUUAUAAUACAACGGGAGUGAUGAAACCAUUAAAACUGGUGGCACAUUAGUUCAUUUUUUUUUUUUUAUGUUAUAUAUGCUCAGCUCAUAGGCGUGAGAUCGGUAAAAUGCAAAAGAUACAAAAUAGACAUAGAAAUAAAGUUGUAAGAAAGGUAGAAAAUAGACAUAAGCAGACAUUAAAACACAUAUCCCGAAAAAUAAACCAUGAGCCAAGGGUUUUAUGAUUGGAUAAAGAGGAACUUUUCGAGGAUUUCCUACUAGGGUCUGGCCUCGUAUUGAGGCACUCUAAGCUAUGUUAAAUGUGCAUUAGCUAACACGGUGGGGUCUUGCGGGGUAAAGACCAUUUACGACCAGCCAUUACAUAGAGAAACAAAAACAAUCAUAAAUAACACAAACUAUUAGGAAAACAAAUAAAAUAUCUGAGGUGGCAUCCCGUUAGACCUCGUUGUCCUGCUGAGAGUGGCACAGGAGAGUAAUUUGGCUUUAGAACAACAGGUAGUAACCUGUGAAUGAUUACAUCUCUAAGUUACGUUAAACCAUGCCUCUGACUUAAAUCUAUUAGUGAGACGGGAAAGGAGGGAGAAUCUGGCUGAUAGCCAGGGCUCAUAUGGGCGAAAUAUGCCUGCCCAUGGACCUUAGUAUAAAAAGUAGAAACUAAAUGUUGAAAUUUUUCUAAAAUAGCCAAACAUCGAACCGCAUGGGACUUAAUUCCUUGGCAAGUGAAGUGUAACACCAACCGCAAGGCCCAAAGUUUCAGGUCACAUUCAUUAAUUUACUUUCCGUGUCCUACCUUUUUCUUUUUUUUACCUUGUUUCUUGUUUUGCCUCCUUAAGCUGGACCCAGAAACUAGCACCAUUCUAAAAGAUUUGCAGGUAAAACUCAACAAAGUCUUGGAUAAGCUGAGCAGUGUAUUUGCCACCAGGUGAGUGAAGAUAAGACUAUUAUAGUAUGUUCAUCAUGGAACAUUGAGUUCUUGUGUGCGAGUUCUGAUCUCUGUCUCGCUUUCUUUGUCUCUUUUCACCAAUGCUUCGUCCACUCCUCAAACUUACAGUUUCCAGCCACACAUUGAAGAGUGCGUGAAGCAGAUGGGGGAAAUACUCAGCCAGGUGAAGGGGACAGGCAACGUACCAGCCAGUAAUUGCAGCAGUGUCGCGCAAGAUGCAGACAAUGUGUUACAGCCGAUACUGGAUCCUUUGGACAGCAAGUGAGAAGGAUAUAUAUAUACUUGCUAGAGCAUGAUUUUACUGAGAGACACAUAUGAAAAAUAUAUUCAUUAGAAUGGAAUUGGUUAAAUGUCAGUAAUAGUGAUGUCCCGAACGGUUCGCAAACUUGUCAUCUAGUGGAAUUUUUAAAGUAGUAACAAGAUAAAUAUGUAACAAAACAGAUUGAGAAGUAAACAAGAUAAAUAUGUAACAAAACAGAUUGAGAAGUAACAAAAGGUUCCAGCAAUAUAAAAACUGACUACAGGCUUUAAAGGAACAUUGUAGGUACCAUAACUAUUUAAACAGGUUGAAGUACUUAUGGUGUCUACAUUUUGUGUCUAUAUGUUUUUCUUCAGAUGUCUAAAUUGUUUCUUCCGGAAAUGGAAGAAAGAUUACCAUUUGUAUUUUUUAUCUAUUAGUAUUUUUUGUGUUCAACUCGUCUGGUUACAAAUAUGUGUCUGUUUGUCCACCCAUUGUACAGCGCUGCGAUAUUUGUUGGCGCAUUAUAAAUAAUAAUAAUAAUCUAAUCCUACAAUGGAAUAUAUCCAGAAAAUAAAUUACUAUUUAGAUUUGUCAUAUCGUUCUCUGAAUGAAUGUUUGCGACUAUUACUGACUAGUGAUGUCCCAAACGGUUCGCCGAACGGUUCACCACGGACUCAUCAUUGAGUAAACUUUGACCCUGUACCUCACAGUCAGCAGACACAUUCCAGCCAAUCAGCAGCAGACCCUCCCUCCCAGACCCUCCCACCUCCUGGACAGCAUCCAUUUUCCAUUCAUUGUGAAGCUGCAUUCUUAGUGAGCUGUCCAGGAGGUGGGAGAGUCUGAGAGGAGAAUUCUACUGCUACUGAUAACUGGAAUAUCUGCUUAUUAACCAAUUUGGUCAAGAUUUCAAUAUUGAAGUCGUGAUACCGUUCGGCAGCUACGUUCAUCACCGAAUCGUAAUAAUAACAAACGAAACAUUAUGACAAAUCUAAAUAAUGGCCCCGGCCUACUGGAUACCCGUGAAUUAGGUAAUGACCAGCCGGUACCAAUAGCAACACUCACUGGCGUAUAGGCAGACGCGCCGGUAGCCAGUUAGCACAAACUCCAGCAGGCUAAAAAAACUGCAAUGGCAUUUCACGACUGGCUGGUAUCUGGCGCAGGCGCAAAAUAGCCAGGCACCAUAAGCCAAGCCUGUUUAAACUGUUCACUGCCACCAGCAAUCAAUUUUGCUGGAACGCUUUUGACCUGUCUGUUUUAUUACAUAUUGUUAAUUGAUGAUUAAAACUAGUAUUUUAAUUCCUAAUGAAUAGAAAGGGGUUAAAACUUUAGACUAAGAUGGGCGAGAAAUUCUUGAUACUGGAAUAAUAAUUGGAUAAUGGAAAAUAUGCAGUUGUACAAUUUAAAUUGCUUUCUUGUUUUUUCCUUUUACUCGAUGAGUAUUCUUUUUUUUUUUUCGUUUCAGCCUGACCCUAUUUGCUAAGAUUUGUGAGAAGACUGUACUGAAACGUGUUCUGAAGGAGCUCUGGAAGCUUGUGAUGAAUACUAUGGAAAAAAUUAUUGUUCUUCCUCCACUGACAGACCAGACGGUGAGUCUUUACUAGAAACACACGUUCAGUCUACUGUGGAGGUCCAUCCUAGCAGCUGGAGAAGAGACAAAUGUAGAGCUUAGAUAUACAGAUUGAGAUCUUCCUGUCCAUUGCACUUUUUACAAAAUACAAAAAAAAGUCAAUGUUUCUGUGCUAGUAUAGCUUUAAUUUAGACAUAACUUGGUCUUUUUUUCUUUUUCCUGUGCCAUUCAGGCACUAUUUCUAAUGUUACUGAAACCAUCAGAUAUUGCCAGGUGGUGGAACUUCAGUAUACCACACCACAGAGGCCUUAACCCCUUAAGGACCAAACUUCUGGAAUAAAAGGGAAUCAUGACAUGUCACACAUGUCAUGUGUCCUUAAGGGGUUAAAGGGAUACUGCAAACACCAUGACUACUUCAGCGAUUUGAAGUGGUCAUGGUACCUGGAGUCUGAAUGUGCAGCGUUUCAGUAGGAAAAGCUGCACACACGGAGUUCAACCUGCCUGCUAGUGUAACUCCACCUCUUGCAGCGUCAUUGGGGUGUCAUCAGUCAGCCUGGAACUAGCGUUCCAGACUGGCUAACGUCAAUUCUGUGCAUAUUUAAUUCAGCAGGUUGUAGUGGUUAUGCAGUAACUCUUUAAUGACAAUUCUACCUUGGUUCUAGCUUGCAAUAGGAGGAACAGAAAGCAAUCUUGCCACUUUCUGACCACUUAUUCCCAUUUCCUACAUAAACCACAUCUUUGCACUCUCUCUGAUCAGGCAGCCUAUAUCUCAAUAUAGUCUUAUUUUUAGGCUUUUGCUACCUCCUUCCAUUUCUUAUAAGAUGAUUUAAAUCAAAGGAGACCAGAAUUAGGAAUGUUCCUCAAGUUCCUUCUGACAUCAGAAUUUGUGCACUUUCAGAGUUAUCAUCACAUUAGAGUUGCUAAAAAAAAAAAAAGUCUUCCUGCAAAAAUGAAAUAUAGUAAAUGUUACAGUUUGUGGGUUUAGCACAAAUGAGCUUUUUCGUAUUCAUGCUGUGUGUAAUAAAUGUAGGGUUUCUUGUUGUGUUGCGACAAUGGGUAACUCCCUCUUUUCCACCUUGACUUUUUUGACCCUGAAAUGUACAAUCACCUGCUCAGUUUUCCAAAAUUAAGUUUUUUUAGAGAAUAAUGUCAAUGUCUCCUUCUAAGGAUAAUUCCCAUUACUGUAUUUGGCAUUAUUUUAACAACCUUCUAUGCAUAAUAUUGCUAUUCCUUUACAUUUAAUAUAUGGACAGCUUAGACGUCUCAACUUUUUCUUUCAAUUUAUCUGCUUGACAUUGGUGUAGGAGUAUAGGGAGAAGAAUAAAACUAUAUUUAGUUUUAUUGUUCUUGCGAUUGCAUUAUAUUCCCUUGCUUGUGUUUUUAUUUGUUACAUAAUAUUAAUUUUGUAUCUUUUAUAUAUACUUUAAGAAUUGCUAUAUUAUUUUUUUAGAGGAAGUAUAUUUAUUCUCAUUGUGUGUACUUAGAUUUAACCACUUAAUGAGUUAUUUUCAUACAAGCUACUACCCUUUGUUAUUAGGUUUAUUAACCCAGGAUCUAAUGUUUUCUAAAGGUUCAUGAGAACCUGCUAGCACAAGGCUUUCCGGUUUUAACAUUAGGAACCGAGAUAAACUAAUGCAUAUGGACUAUUGUAGUGUGAGAACCCUGUAUGGUAAAGAUGGUUUAGCCUUGUGCGAGCUCUCACUGCUAUAAACUGUAUUGUGGCCAACCUUCCAGUCCGUAACCUUACCCACUAGGUACUAUACAUUCUUAAAUAUUAUGACGAAUACAGUCUCUUUUAUUGUGCUACAAAUUCUCUCUGUACACAGCACAAUGGCUUAAAAAUUAUUGAUAAAAAAAGUUGCUACGCUUUAUAUACCCAUCAGUACACUUUAGGUGUCAAAUGUGUCACGUUCCUUAACACUAUCAAAACUAUGAAUGUGUUGUCUAGAAAUGGAUGUGAAUAGCUGUGUCCAUGUGUGUUACUACAGUAUGUCUGUCUUUGGUUCAGUUAUGUAAGACUAGCCAGGGUUCCGGACAGGCAGCUAUGAAUCAGCAACAGUAGUUUAACAGUGGAUUAGGUCAGGCAACUUUGGUUUGGUAAUGUUAGACUAGCCAAGGCUCAGGAGCAGAGAAAAUUAUCUACUUUUAACAGUCAAUAUAAAAAUGUCACUGUUCAUUAUAUCCACACUAUAAUGAUGGGAAAAUGUAGUGCCAUUAUGUUUCUGUUGAUAAUGCUGUCACAGAGUGGGCUUUAUCCUGUGAACUUCCUAAGCCUAAACACCCACUAUCCUUAAGUCCCUCCUAUCCUCUAGACCAAGCAUAGGCAACCUUCGGCACUCCAGAUGUUUUGGACUACACCUCCCAUGAUGCUUUGCCAACAUUAUGGGUGUAAGAACAUUGUGAGGGAUGUAGUCCACAACAUCUGGAGUGCUAAAGGUUGCCUAUCCCUGCAUCUAGACCAAUCAUAAAAGAUUUCAAGGGAGGGCGUGGCUGAGCCACCAAGGAAGAUGGCUGCAUGAGCGUGUUACUCCUUCACAAUUCUCCUUGCCUACAGAGAUAAUGGGGAAGUCACAGAACACUCUGAGAGUUUAUUGAUUCCUGGAACCCAAAAUACCCGACCUGACCCCCUCCUUGCCCCAUCACCUGAUGACCAUGCCAGAACAGGGCUCAAGGUCUGACUUAGUGACUGGCCCGUCCUUGCCACACCCCUCCUAGAAAGAACAAGAUUACCCAGGGACUGCUGACUGGCUAGCCCUAGUAAGAGCCUUAUCCACAAAGGUCAACCUAAGAGAGGUGAACACAGUGUUCCAGACCUCCAUUAGGACUGACCUACAAUUUAUCUGGGAUGAUAUCCUUAGGCCUUAACGACUACGUGGGCAGCUGGAGGUGGACCAGUCAGCCAUGACAGAUACACUUGCUUGCCUGACAGAACUACUCCAAAAAAAGGCCCACCCCGUAGCGAACCUAGAUAAUAGGAGCCAUCACAGCAACUUACGCCUCAGUGGACUCCCUGAAGUGAAGACUUGCCAUCAAAACUGUGAGACACACUUAGAGAGAUAUUUAACAACCUACUGGGCGGAGAGUUUCAUACUCAGAUUGGAUUUGUGAGAGCCCAUAGGGCCCUAAGACCACGAAGCCCACCUGCUGACCCUCCAAAUGAUGUGAUUUGCUGCAUGGCCAACUACGUACUUAAGGAGAAGAUCUAGAAAUACCUUAGAUUUUACCUAGCAGGGCUUCACUCUUCAACCCUUUCCAGAUGUGUCUCUGGCAACACUAUGCUGCAGACGAACUCAUUCUGCUACUGCCCUCUUUUAACAUGUGCUGCACGGAUCCUCUGGACUUUUAAAUCCUGCAGAGCACAGGACAGGUGAUGGUGGCUCUUCCCCAGUGACUCUGGAGAUGCAGACUCCAGGCAUCGAGACCAGCUGGUACUCUGGCUCAAUCAUAGAGGUCGAAGAGUAGAGCCUCCCAAUCCCUUAUGCUUUUAGCUGUAUAUAGUUACUUUUUGCCAUUAUGUUCUCUAUACAUUUGCCUCCGUAUUGCAAUGUCUGGUUUUGCAUAGAAUGGGUAACGUAAUGUGAACACAGUCUAUAGAUAACCUUAUGUUCAAUUCCAGCUUUAAAUAGCUAAGUAUCUUCUCAUAUUUCCAUAAUAAUAGAAUGCCCGGGUUAGGAAACCUGGGUCUGCGAACCACAGAUACAUAGGUACAGGAGUUGCAAAAGAUGGGGGCGCAGUCAUAGUUUGCGAUUGUUUAUACAGUCAUUGACCUCGACAGACCAACAAAGUGUAAGGCUAAGCCCCAACCUGACCUCUCAAGCUAUAACAUCUAUAGUGGUCGUUAGAUACAUAGAGAUUAUAGAGCAGAACUACUAACUUUAUGUUUAAGUUAGGCUGUAUAUAGUUACAUUUUUCUAUAAUUGUUUUUAUAAUAAUGUGCACAGAUCACAAAAUUCGGGUUUGCAAACUAAAGGAAGAGAGGCCCACAUGAGGUAAAGAUGAGGGUUUUGAAACCCGAGACCCUGAUAGGUAAACGAAUGAGGAAUGAUAACCUUAAAACCUCCGCUGAUAAACAAUAAAAAUUAGAUGAGAUUAGAAAAUAAAAUUAUUGUAAUAAAGCUGUACAUUUCAAAGCAGCAUCAUUGCAGUGCUUUUAUUUUUAUUUUUUUUAAGCAUCAGUAUUUUCCGCAAACCUUUUACAUGCGAAAUGGAACAAGUAAUAAGUCGAAAACAAGGAUGAUCAGUGUAAGGUAAUCCGUAACCAUUUAUUAGAAACCACAAAGAUUUAUCAGAGUAUUCUCCACUCCCCACAAUAUCUUCAUCUUGAUUAUUAUUAUUAUUGCCUAUGGUUAUGUGGUUGGAUAUUAUGACUUUAUGAUAAAUAAUCCUUUUAUUUAUGUGUAGACCAGAUCAAAUGUACCAGAUCAAUUUUAUUUUUACAGAUUACACGUGUUGAUCAUUCAGACCUUGUCCUGUAUCUCAAGUGCCUUCCCAUUCAUAUUAGUUUGUUUUACUCAGUUUCUAUAUUGAAAUUGGUAAAAAGUUUAAGAAAAUAUAAUUUUAAUGGGACCAAUAGAUGGCUAAACUAUGGGGCCAGCCGUUGUUGAUGUUUGCAUAUUUUUUAAGAAACACGACUUGCAUUAUUAAGAUAAAGAAUGCACCAUUAAGUCCUAAGAAUUGGUAGUUCAGCAGUGAUGUCAAAUAGUGUUAGACAUGCACUCCAAACUAUUAUGGUCAGCCAUAUCCCUAAAACAUCUCUAAUACUAACCCUAACACACAUUAAAGGGGCAUUCCAGACCCCUAAAGCACUUCAGCUUGCUAUAGUUCAUCAUGUGUGACGAGCGCAUCCUCUUUUUUUCAUUUUACAAACAGUGCAGGUUUCGAUAGAAAUUGAGGCUUUUAUAAAUUAACCUUGUUACACCCCCUUGGCUGUCAAUCAGACAAUAUGUUCAGUUACUUCCUGGUUUAGUUAGCUCAGUGGAGCUAAACUCAAGAGGCAGCAAUUGCCAUUUAAAUAGAAAAGAGUUAUUUAAAAACAUAUAUGAAACAAGACAAAACACUAGGUUUGAGUUUAAACAUGAUUGAAUGUAUUUCUGGUAAGAGCCUACAGGUUAAAAAAUGUUACUUAAUAAAAAAAAAAAAUCAAUAUUUUGUGAAUUUUGUAUUGCUGUGUUAAAAUUAUAAUUCAGAAUAGAUUAUUGGUGCAGUAUUCUUUACAUUUUGAUUGGGUGGUAUUGCAUUGAGAUCUGUUGACAAAAAGAAAAUAAUUUUCUAGUAGUAAAUGGCAAGACAGUUUUUUUUCCUUCUAAUUCCACGUUAGUCAGGUCUACUUGACACAGACACAGACUUAGUAGGAUCCCUAGCAUGUCAGUUAGAAAAAGCACUGUACAAUAUCAAGAGCGUAGAUAGCAGAGAUAACUGUAUCAAAAUAUAUAUAGAGCCCUAUAUAUAUGAUUGGGCUAGAAAAUUGUUCCUUUGCAUUGGCAGAGUUUAUAGGCGCAUGGAUAGUUGACAAUAAGCUAUUGGUAACACAUAACUCUGUGUAAUGAAUUCUGACUGUACUUUUCCUCCUCUGCUCACCGUCCAUGCAGAUGAUAGUAAGUAGUUAUCUUGUGUUUCUGUAUGGCCUCAGUUAGCUGGUCCUUGUCGUAUGUGAUUCUGCUCCUUGUUCUUACCUCUGCUCUGGUGGCCCCUUUUAUGUCUGUAUCAGCUGGCAACUGGUAUCUAUUGUACUGUCAACUUUGUCAGUGCUGGUGCAUGUGUUACUGCAUUUUGUAGCUAAAACACUUGUGGUUCUGUCCACUUUCAAUCCAUCCUUUCUACGCUAGUUCUUCCUUUAGAGAUAAAAAUUCUGUAUUCAAGCAUUAAAAUAGAAAAAUAUUUUGGGAUGCUCAGAUUUAAACAGAGCAUGAUGCAGUAUUGAGUCAUACAAUACUUAUACUUAGGUACUUUCUAAACUUAGACCAGACCCUUACGUCUAAUUUUGGAAAAGUCAAGAGAAACAAAACUGUUGCAAAAACCAUAAUUUCUAAAAAAAAAAUCUGUUUGUUCUUAUUAGCUGAAAUGUCAUUUCAUACAAUGACGUCCAACGUAUGCAGUGUUUACACGCUACAUAUACGUAUAUUUUGUUCAGGAAUAAAAACCCUUAUUUAAAAGUGAGUAAUUAGGUAAAUAAAUAUCACCAUUUACACAACACUAAGAUGAGGCAGUUGGAUGUAAAUCGUUUUCCAUGUGAGAGGUAAAUUAUUGUUGUAUUUAGUUCUAAGAAUAAGUAAAACAUGUGAUUUCCUUGUCACAGAUAAUCUCAAACUAGGAGCGUUUCAUGAUACAUUAAUCAUGUGUUGGUAGAUAGAGCUAGAUAGAUAUAGACAGAUAGAUAGGUAGGUAGAUAGAUAGAUAAUAGGUAGGUAGGUAGACAGACAGACACACAGACACACAGACAGACAGACAGAUAGAUAGAUAGAUAGAUAGAUAGAUAGAUAGAUAGAUAGAUAGAGUUUAGAAGGCAGAACUAUAUAAAAUUACAUUCUCAAAAGAAUUAUACAAAACAAUAAAAUUCUUGCAGCACCCGUUAUAUUCUGGUAAAGGGAUACAGGGGACUAAACAUUGAAUCAUUUAUUUAUAUAGAUAAAUAGCCUACAUCAGAAAUAGGUGUCCUUGCCUUUGUCAGCCUCCUGUGCCUUCUCUGCUGUUACUCCUUCUGUCUCCUUGCCCUGACACGCACGCUGUCUGUGUGACACGCUUACUUCAUUGUCUUGUCUUUAGUAUGGUCUAAUUGCCAGAUUUCACACUUAGUGUAACAGAAUAAAAAACAUUCUCUAUUACGCAUUCACACACUAUCUAAAGAAAAGCACUCUUUGUAUCCGUGCAUAGUAACCCUUUACUUGCAAUCAUGUAUCAAUAAAAAGAAAUUCACUCUACUCCUGUAUAUCUUCCAUUAUUGUUCUCAUACCGCCUGGGUGGACAUCCUCACCCUUCAAGCUCGUGUUUCUCAGUGCAUUGGUCUAUCAUUUACAUUUUAUAUUCUAUGCUUAAAACGCACUCCUCACAAGUGCAUAUUCAUUCACGCUUAUUCAACUAUGGGUACCCUCACCCAAAAUUUUUGGACAACAAGCCAUCUUCCUUCUUAACAAAUGUUCACACUUGCUGACAUACACUUGUGUGUCACACAUGUCCCGGAGCAGUGACCGACUCUGACGUGUUUCUGCAGGGAACGCUGCUGAGAAAACAUGGGAAGGGCCUAGAGAAGGUAAAUGUGUAUACAGACGCAUUCCCUGUGUGUAUUGCAAGAUUGAAGAGCGUUAAAUAGCUCGUCAAGUCAGCAGGGCACUGCAAGAGUCCAAACAGAGCACUGGAUAGACAUGAGCAUUCCAUGCAGUGUGGUUCUUUGCAGAGCACUGCAAACUAGAGCUAUUUAGAGUAGAAGAAAUGAGGAAACUUGAGAUGUGUGUGGGUUUUUAGCUGUCUGGUAUUGUGUAGUUUUGCACUGUCGAAACGAUAUGUUUAUAGUUUGUGUAAAUAUGAAUUUUGGUAUGUAUUUGUCUAGUGUGUGUGUGUGUGUGUGUGUGUAGUUGAGUAAUGUGCAUUUAAUCUUUGUAGUUUGUCUAAUAGUAGAGAUGUAUUUCACACCCACACUCAUAUUUUAAUCACGCAAUUCUCUCUCCAGAGCAGGGUGAAGCUGACGUACCAUGCAGAUGUAAGGACACUGUGUGUCUGUCUGUCUGUUUGUCUGUCUACCCUUGCUCCUCUUAUUCCUCCUAAAAACCCCAGUCCUAUCUCUGUGUCCAGUGUGACUCUCUCAGGUGUUUCCUGACUGUAUUCACUUUACUGGUGAUGUUUCUCCGUUGUUAAGGGAUUGUGUCUUGGUAGAUAGCAAGUUAACCUCACCUCCUUCAGUCUUGCAAUACAAAGACAUGGAAAUCUACCACUGAAAUAUACUGAAGGAUACAAUGUAGAGUAAAAAUUUAUUCUGUUUCCCCAGCCAUACAGUGUGAAACGGGUAUAGUCAAAUAUAGACAUCAGCUCCCACAAAGUGGACUAUAACUAGAUAUAAUCCCUCCUAGCACUGUUUAUGGUUGGCAAACAAGUGAUGGAGUUGUAUUCCAAUAAGAGCUGUAAGUCUGUUUUUGAUUACCUGGUUUAACAUAGGUUGAGUUGGGUUCUAGUUGACUUAAUGCACUCCAUUAUACACAGAUGCGCAGAGAGAGGCGGUGGUGUUAAAAUGAUUACAGAAAGCGUGCUAGUUAUAGAAUGGUCACAUGUUACAAAGGUCAAGAUUAAGUGGAAAACUACAACACAGAUUAGAAAAAUGAAUUGUCUUAAGAUGCUAUUUCCUUCCUGCACUGUCUUGUGUGUUGCUGUCUGUGUAAAAGUUUUGUCUUUAUAAAAAGGACAAAUGAUUAAUGUUCUCACAAAUGAAUGAAGAGAUUAUAUAUGGAUGGAAUGGAGCAAAUAGGAAUAUUGUGGGUGGAGAGAAGUUGCAUUGUAAGGAUUAGACUGAGACGUUCUACACCAGUUACAUAGUAAUCGAGAUUGAUAAAAAGAUUCAAGCCCGUCCAGUUCAAAUAAAUCCCAGUUUGAAGUGAUGACCAAUUAUGCCACAUAAAGGGUGGGAAAUCCUUUUUGUCUCCAUAAUGGCAAUCAGAUUUCUAGCUUAAAAACCUGCUCCAAAAAAAGUCAAGGCCUUGGAUAUAUAGAGUGACAGAAAUUAUAGUAGAGUCGAAUUAUACAGAACAUGGAGGCCUAUAAGGAACAAGGAGGACUAUAAGGCGCAACCAAUAUAGUGCAGGAAAAGUCAUUUGUGAAACAAUAUGCUUUAUAGAAAGUUUAUGUGUAGAUUGCAAAGAAUAAUAAGAUUAAUUUAUAUUGAGUUACAUAUAGAGAAAGUGAUAUAUAGACAUGGGACAUUUAUAUAUGUUUUACUCAAGAUAUUGAGUCUCAACCUUGGUGGGCUAGACAAAGAUACAGCAGAAGAUGACGUCCAUUGUUCUAGAUAAUCUAUAAAUAACAAACAUAUUAUGGAGAGGGGUUAUUUGGAGUAAUAAAAGUUGUAGAUAAAAAAUCUAUCCAGUAAUUACAGUAGUCACAGGGAAGAAAUAUACAGCACUCUAUAGUAUAGUUAGUAUAGUCAAAGUUUAUAAAAUACGGUGGUCUGAAAUGGGUAAUUUUGUGUUACUACAACCUAUCACAAAAUUAUGUAUUGUUUAUUAGGAUAAAUUAUAAAGAGGGGUUCUAUGGUGACGGAAUAAUUUUGGGAGGCCAUAUGAACAUGAGAUUUAUAUGGUUAGACUAUUUAAUUGUCUAAAAGUUUUCUUGAGGAAAAGCUAUUUGCUCCACACACAAAUUCCAUUAAGCCUGUUUUUGGAUUCCCAAGCAAAAUCUGUCUGUAUGUGAUUUGUAACAGUUUUGUAUGAAUCUGAUUUCUUACAGGGGUCCCAUCUCAUAAUGAAUGCUGCCAAUCAGCUGGGACAGCUAUCUAAACUCAAGGUAUGAGUGCAAUCGGUUUUCAUUAGUGUAUCACUUUCUUUCUAACCGUGUAAUGAAAUAAUCUUAAUGAAGCUAAUGGCACCCACCAACGGGUACUGUAGUAAUAUGAUGCGUUUGUGAUUUGGGUUUUCUUAUAGGAUCACAUGGUUAGGGAGGAGGCAAAGAGCCUGACACCAAAACAAUGUGCAGUGGUGGAGCUCGCCCUGGACACAAUUAAGGUAAUGAAGUGUGCCAUGGAACCUGUAAUGAAGGCACUUCAUACUUAGUAUACAGUAUAUCUAUUAUUUUCCACAUGUGACAAUGUGACUGUUUGUUUUGUGCAUAUUGCUCAUGUCAUCCUGAGACUUCCUAUAGUAAAUUAAAGGAAUUGCUACGUUUGUGGCUUUUAUGCAUCUCUAGUUAUAAUAUAUUUGUCUCACUAGAGUCCAUUCCUUUCAUGAUCAAGGAUAGCAGUCAUGUCAUCAAUCCACUUGGUCCUGGAGUACUAUUUUAUUUUGUUCUGUAGUUGGGGUUGUCAGAACCCCCUUUCUGUGUCAUUGGAAUUUAGUAUAAUUACUAUAUUAUACCUCAUUAUAUAGUUUAUACUACUAACACAAACAACCAGUUUUAUUGACUUUUGUGUGUCUAGAAUUACAUUACUCUUUGUUAUCUUUUGUGAGUACAGUUACUUAAACUAAACUCGUUCGUGUAUCGUAUACAUCACUAUCCAUUGUAUUGUCUUGUGUGUUUUUUUUUUUGUUUUUUUUCAGCAAUAUUUUCAUGCUGGAGGUGUUGGUCUCAAAAAAACAUUCCUUGAAAAGAGUCCAGCACUGCAAUCCCUACGCUAUGCACUGUCUCUAUACACACAGGCUACCGACACACUUAUCCAAACCUUCGUCCAAACACAGUCUGCUCAGGGUAAGGUCCUCUUAUCAUUCUCUGUUUAUAAUGUUGGUAUUAGUGAUCUCCGAUGUGUGUGAGUUUGGGAUCAGGGGAAAGAGUUAUGACAAUGUUAAAGGUAGGAAAUUAUGAAAAGAAAACAGAUUAAUUUGUGUGUGUGUGUGGGUGGGGGGGAGAAUUAAAAAUCCCCAAGAGGGCGCUUCUCUUUGUUUGACAUAAGUACGGCUGGUUGCUGCACCAGGGUAAGCAAAUUAAAAUUAAAAUGUGUGUUCGGUCCUUGAGACUAUCGAUUUUUAUAUGUAAGAUUAUAGAAGAAUCGACCAGCAACUAAAUUGAGCAAUGUAACAUACUUUCACUAUGUGAACAUGUUUGAGUUAAGUUUUUGAUGUUGUCCUCCUGUCAUGUCCAGCUCCGCAUGUCUAGUACAGUGUUGCAUUUUGGGCAGUGUUGUACUGAGUAUCACUGAGUAACUCCAGCAGACUCCUUCCCCCCUUUAAUAAUGGUACUUAUGUAAGUCACUAUAGCCAAUACGUUGCUAUAGGCUGGCUGCAUAAUGCUACAAAGCACAGGGCUUAAUCGCACUCUGUCAAAAAGAGAAAGCAGUUUGCAAAAUCAAGGUAUUUCGUUCACUAGAAAUAAGAGGUGAGGGAGUACAGAGUUUGAUCAGUUGGUGUAUGUGGGGCAUACCCUGUAAGUCUUAAAAGGUUAGAUUGUACACAUUUUGAAGUGUCAUUUAUGGGAACCGAUUUAAAAAAGUAGCACAUGGCACGUACGUUGUGAAUGGGCAUUAAAUCAUUCCUCCCUAUCAGUCUUCAUUGUAUUCACACACUCACACCUCCAUACUGAAACAACAGAGCGUUGAUUUAAUAGAGCCUUUUGCUAUUUGCUUUUAGUGUUGCAGAGGAUUUACUUAUGACAAACACUACUUACUAGCUGGUGUAUCUCUGCUGCUACUCAAGAAAAAAUAUGGCUUCGAUUUGGAGCAAAUUUGUUUCAUGGCAAUAAAGGUUGGGUCUAAACAUAAACCCAGUUUGGUAUCCUCAGUCCACGUGAAGACCAUCAGAUGCAGAGGUUCAGAGAUAUAUGCCAAGGUUUCUUGCCAAAAGUGGGUAACAAACAGAUGACCUAUUGCCACCCUCUUAAUUCCAUUUUUUUCUGUGAAGUGAGUUAAAUGUACUUUUCUGAUCUUGGCUUCAGCUGAAACAACCCAGCCGAGAUCCAUCAUUCUCUGCAGUUGAACACACACUACAUAUGGCCCUUGGUUGGUUUUCUAUGCCCCCUCCCACCACCACCACUACCACCGCCACUAGCAAUCUGCCAGCCUUUUGUUAUAUCCCAUUAUUUUCUUAAAAUGUCUAAUUCAAACAUUGAGAAGGUUGUGCAGCAAACCUCGUCAUGGAUGUUUGCAGAUAGAGCCAAACUGUCCACAAUUGGAUCACACGUUAAAUUGAGCCUUUAGUAGCUCUUUUUUGUUCAUUUGCCAUUCAAAUGUUCAAGUUCCAUUCCAACAUUGUAUGUGCGUGGGGAUAUAUUUUACAGAGCCAAUAACAAAUAGCAUUAUUUAAAGCCAUAUUGGGUCAGUAGAGCAAAAUUGGAAGAAACAAAGAUUCAGGAAGAAGUUAAUUAACAGUUGGUGAUGUGUGGGUGUGUUAUUGGAACAUUAUAACAGAAGAAAAUGCAAUGCACGAUUAGCUUCCAAAAAUAGAUCACUGUGAAUUGGGAAGUGGGGUAAAUGUAAAUGAAGUAGGUGUAAGAAACUAAAAACCAAAAAGAAGAAAAUAAAGUCUAUGACAGCUUCAACAGACCACGCUUGAGCACAUUCUAAAAGGUCUUGACCAGGCUUUGGAACAGGAAAGAUGCAUGCCUGGAGAGAUCAUUAGAGCAAUACAGAGAAGUUAAGCUGGAGGCUUAUUAACAUAUUAAUACAAGAAAACAUUCUAAACACCAAUAUAUUUAAUAUUUUAUAUGACCCAUCUCGACUUUCCUGAAUUCCAAGUUUAGUGAAUAAACUCCAUACAGUAACCACACAAGUUUCAUGCAAACCUGAAAAGAGUAUUUGCAGUAGAUUUGUGCACUCAGUUUGAAGCAAAUCCUGAUUCAAUUUUGGGCAACUAGCAGUUCAUACGAACUUCAAAACACCAAAUGGACAUAUCACAAAAGAAACUAACUGGGCAAUGGAAGAGCCAUUUUGUUUGUUUGGUGAUUCAGAAUUCUGUCUAUGGCUCCAGAAAAGCUGAGGUUGAAUAAAGAAGAGGUCAAUUUAUUUAGUUUGGCAUGACGGACAAGAGGACUGCUCAAUGAUGUUGGCUGUGUCUCCUAUCCAAUCAAGUGGUAGGAAAAUAAGAUGAAGAAUGGAAAAAAAGAUGAUUAAUAGUUAGGGGGCUGCCACUAAAUAUUGAUUUUAUUCACCGAUCAAAUGAGAAGUGACCAACAGAGGGAAGAAAGGAGGAGAAGUAAGAAUUAUAUAUGCUAAUAGGUGCAUUUCUGCACCAUUUUGGUUAACUAAAUAUUUUUUUUCGAAAUAACCACAUGGAGGAAGUUUGUCCGAAACAAAGUGCCACAUGGAAGAAAGUCACUUCAUCCGAACCAAUAUUUUUUUCAGACAAAUCGAUUCUGACAGAGAAAACUUAUUUUGCGCGUGCACAAGUCUAAGUAGUACAAAAUGAAAGAGGUGGCUCACAUCCAAUUACUUUUUUUCUAUAUGAUCAUUUUUGUGAAGUCUUUAUUUUAUAUAAAUUUUAUUAUUUAUUUUUUUUCAAAUAAUUUAAGUUUUUUUUUUUUAUUGAUUUGUUUAGGCAUCAGUUUUAAUGCAUAACUUUAAAAAUGUAACAGGGAACCAACUCAAUUGUGAAAUAUUGAAUAACAGCUAAAUUAAAUUGAACUAGAUUAACCUUUUCUCUUAUUGCCGAUGUUUGCAAUGUUUAGUGUGCAGUUUCAUUAAAUGUUUAAUUGGAAAUAAAAAUAAAUUUUGUGGAAAUAUAUGUUUUGCAAAUGAGAUCUGGGGUCAUUAGUGAGCAAACAGUGUGUAAAAAAGCACAAUGAUUGUGAAACAUCUUUGUUUUUUAUAUGGCACAGUAAUGGGGAUUACAUUUGUCCAUGGUGCAUGUAUAUAAGAAUAUAUAUUAUUCCCUUCUAAUAUACCCUGGAUCCCCUUCCUUACACCUCUCCCAUCUUUUUCUAUGUCUCUUUCCUUCUUUACUCUCAGUUCAUGGUGGAAAAGGUAUUAGGUUUACACUUAGUGAAGAGAUUUAUCCAGAAAAGGGUAUGUUGGAGCAUAAAUAACUGGGAAGCAUGUCCUAUCCUGCCAGGCGAGGGGGCCCUGCAUUGCUCCACCCCUAGCUGGGCCUCCUUUCUGGUUGCAAAAAAGGUUAAGGGGACAGUAUGUUGAAUCUUCAGUCCCACUUGGCAGUCUAUAUAUUUAGUAGCAUGAUUUUAAGUGCAAUUACCUGGAUUACAUCUAUUUUCAGAUAGUAGGGGCAGUAAAUUUAUGCAAUAUUCUCCAGUUUAACCAGUUUUUUUUAAUUUCAACAACCAUAUCUAGUUUUGGGAAGGAAAGAUGAGAAGUUCUCAAAGGGAAUGCCCCUUACUUAUAUAAAAAAUAUCUAUAUACUUAGAAACAUGUGUUGCUAGAAUGAUACCACACUGAUUACAAUAAAAAAAUAUGCUACUGCUCUGACCAGACCAGGUGGGACUGAAGUAUUUACACUAUUCCUGCCAGUAUCGCAUCUUGGGCACGUUGUAGGGUAUCCCCAUCCAGGAUUGAAUGUGGUCAACAAGAUAAGCCAUAAGACUUGGCAGGAUGAUCCCUUGCUUGUGAAAAGCAUGCAAUGCAUCAUAAUAAUUGGAUACAUUUUAGAAGUAGCUGCUCCAAUUAUGGCUGCUCAUUUAAUUUCUUCCUUAAACCUGAUCUUACUAAUAAGCCUUACUAAGACUGAUAUAUGUCAAAUAUACCCAGUUCAAUUUGUGAGAAAAUGGGUCAGAUAUCUUAUGGUCUUUAUUUUAUGAUCUAUCAAAGGUUUGAGGGAAGGCACAUCACACCAGGCUUCUGAAUGGGCUUACGGGUUGGGGAAGAUGAAACAUGGUGAAAUUAUACAUUGGUGGGAGGAGAAAUGAGAUGCAUGUUGCACCGGGAUAGCAUGCAGAGACUGCAGGUGUCUUAAAACGUCCUACAAACUUGCCCUGCAGAGGUUGAGUUGCAAGUAGGAUGGUAAAUCAAUUCCUAGGGAUAUGGAUCCUCCCCUUUCAAAUGGAGUGACUGCUGGCAGGAGUAAAUACAUGGUAAAAAGGGUAUAUAAUGUUUUGGGCAUGUCCAAUCUAGUUCUUAGCCCUCAGAUUUUCAGUUCUACAGAGACCCUGCCAGCAGUUAAGCUAAUGAAUAUGAUAGAGAUUUAGUUUGAAGUAAUUGUGUUGACUCUUACUCUUGCAUCUUACCAGGAUCCGGAGUGGAUGAUUCAGUGGGAGAGGUUUCUAUCCAUGUCGAGCUGUUCACUCACCCAGGAACGGGGGAGCACAAGAUUAGCGUUAAAGGUAAUGUAGGGGAGGCAGAUCACACAAUGAGGAUGCAAGCACAUAGAUCUGUAUAUUGCAGGAGAAAUUAAAUUGUUUGGUUAUCAAACAUGAACAUGGUGGUAACUUUUCAUAACUACAUACGAGUUUCAGGUGUGCCUUGCUGACACUUUAUUCAUUAAAUUCUUAUCCUUUCUCUGUUCCUCCAGUUGUUGCAGCAAAUGACCUGAAAUGGCAGACCUCUGGGAUUUUCCGUCCUUUCAUCGAAGUAAACAUGAUUGGUCCAAAUUUGAGUGACAAGAAGAGGAAAUUUACAACCAAGUCCAAGAACAACAGUUGGGCCCCAAAAUACAACGAGAGCUUCCAAUUGUGAGCAUACCUCAGUCAUACUCAAUUUGCUAAAUGUAGCCCACACUCUGGCAGAGAGUGCCUUGCCUUCAUAAGCUUGUUAUACAUAACAUAAAGUCUUCCAUGCAUUUAUUUAGAACGUACCGGGUGUCACGUUGUAAUACCCCAAAAUGCAGAGUUUAGGACAGCAAGGGACAAAGCCAAAGGUCAAUACCAGAAUAUAAUAUUAAAACCAUAAUAGGGCACAGUGUGCAGUGCUAAGGAGGUUUAAAUACCUUCAAGUAACAUUUGAUUGGUCCACAUCAUACCUGCACCCCCAAAAACUGCGUGCAUGGGGGCACCGGAAAUGACUUGGUGCUCUCAUUGCCCCUUCAAGAGUGUGCAUGUGAUAAGAGCAGUGCUCUUAGUAAAAAGAGGCGGACUGCACGACCAUUCAUUAUGGCUGGCUCCUACCACCUGCUCACGAGUGGCACGGCUCGAGUAGAGAAUUCUGGCCAACUUGAGGACCGGGUGAGUAGCGUCACACCAUGAUGUUGUACUGAAAUCUAACGAUCCUUAUUCAGCAACCCAUUGAUUUAAAAUGCAUAUAUCCGUGAUUGCAUGUAUCGUGGUGUAUGAUAUAUAUGUUACUGGAUUUAUCUGGUAUAUCAGUUGCUCUCUAUAUUCUCCAGCAGUAAUGUUUUAUUUGCAAUAGUGUAUUUUCCCCAAAAUUUGGACUGCUGUGCUCCACCCAGCAAACCAACAUUAAAGGAAUAGUAACCAAAAAAGAGUUUAGGUUUUCACUGCAAUGAGGGCAUUCCUGGUGGCAAUAUUUUGCAUUCCAGAAUACAGAUGUACCAAUUUCUGGGCAAAACUAUGUGCAGGGAGGGAAGGGUACUCUCCAAGUUCCUUGCUAUAUAAAGUCUGAUCACUAUGCAAAUCCUGUAUACCAAGGAUAGCUGGUGAUUAGAAAGGUUGGAGAGUGGGAAACACCAUUUAACCCCUUAAGGACACCUGACAUGUGUGACAUGUCAUGAUUCCCUUUUAUUCCAGGAGUUUGGUUCUUAAGGGGAUAAGAGGGCAAUGGUAUCUUGCAUUCAUUUAUAAAUGUCUUGAAAUAACAGAUGUUGGGACAUAACUACCAACCAUGAAAAAGUAUAGAAAGAGUACAUCCAUGUUUUUUACCCAGACUCAGUGGAUUCUGGUCCAUAGAGACAGGAGGAGCUGAGAAAUAUGUCAUACUUGUCCUGCAGUGUCCUCCCCCCCUUUAUUGAAGCCUGGAUGUGCUGGUGGGAGAUUUAACAAGUCAUCGAGUCACAAUUUUUUUUGACAUUGUUGAAAGACUCCCCUCUUAUAUGUUUAGUCUAUCAGGAUUUCUGCUAUAACCCUUUGGCUUUACAUAUUUGCCACCAGACCUUGGACACCGUUGAAGACAGACCUUUCAUUUGAUUACAGCAUUACAAAGUAAAUGCAUUAUAUAGGUUUAUGUUGUUGAACUGGGCAUGAUGUCUCAUUGCGUCAGAGAUUGAGUACAUGGCGGGUAUGAGAGCAGAGGCCAACAAGUCGCGGGGCAAAGAAUAGCUUCUGCAUUAAAUUAGAAUCUGGAUCUUCAUGUAUAGAAUAGAAUAUGAAAACUGUCAUAUCUACAUUCCAUUUACCCUUUUUUGCUCUUCUCCUUUUUUUUCUCUCUACUCUAUAGUACUCUGGGCAGUGAACACGGUCCUGAGUGUUAUGAACUGCAGGUGUGUGUCAAAGACUAUUGUUUUGCGCGUGAAGACAGAACAGUGGGUACAGCUGUAAUGCAACUGCGAGACCUAGCGCAGAAAGGUAGCUGUGCGUGUUGGCUUCCUCUGGGCAGAGGCAUUCACAUGGAUGACACGGGACUGACCAUCUUACGGAUCCUGUCGCAACGGAACAACGAUGAGGUGGCCAAGGAGUUCGUCAAACUCAAAUCUGACACCCGUUCACCUGAGGAAGGCAGCUAAAGCGUUUUGGGUCUGUUUGUUAUCACAUCCCAUUGAGAUCUAGCUAACCCUAUUCACUGCCUUGCGUCCCAGGCCCAAACUGUAUAUAGUUAAAAUAUAUAUGGCGAAAGAAAAGAGAAAAUAAAAAAAUGAAAACACAUAUUUAACCAGGUCACUGCCGGCAGUGCUCCUUAAGCAGACGUACUGCUCUGCCUGUCACUACACAAGGAUGGUACCUUACUGGCAGUGACAGGGUUAAUUUGUGCACAAAUAUUAACACACACUAAGGGCUUUGUUCAAAUGUGCCAUUGUGUCAAUGCUCCCCCUGCUGUACCAUAUAGAGUUGAUGAGGUGGGGGAGCCUAAUUCUUUCCUUGUGUCACACUCUGUGGUGUGUUUUAACAGCACCCUAGCAGUCGGAAGAUUAGCAAUUUGAGGGGGUGAAAUUAGCCCCUUACCCCUCCCCCAUGGCCUGUUAAAGUUGCCUGCACCCCAUCCCUGCUGUGUAUAUAGGAUUUCCCUGUACCAGUGUCUUAUUCUGUGCAAUGGUGCUGCAUGGGUAUUAGUUUUAUAAUAAAUAAUGACUAUAAACCCAACCCUCAAUACUCAUGGUAGGUCCUGUUCACCUCAUGCCUGGCCUCCUGUACUGGAUCGGCUGGUCGCCCACUUGCACAGUGUAGCCAAGAGGACACUGCCAGUUGCCUAAAUGUCAGAGUUUGUUUUUCCCGAAAACUGCCCAAUACUUCCAGCACGGAAAGAGAUUAAAUGUAACCCUCUACACCGCCUCCCAACCCCCCGCCCCCGGGCAGCAAGGGCAAACCAUUCUCCACACCUGCACAAGGGAUUGAAAUCCCAUCCUUUUUUUAAACAAUUGUGGCAUGUUGUGUUCAAAGAAAGAUGCAACACAUGCCCUCCUUCCCUAAAUAUCUUCCCCUAAUGUACAGACAGAUCCCCUCCCUUCUCCUUCCUUUCCCGGGUGCAUGUGGAACAGUUUUGCACUAAUUUGGACAUUUUUGGUCUCUGUAAAAAUAUUUUAUUAUGACAGCCAUUAAAUAAAAAGAAAUAAAUAUGUGUUUGGUGCUUUAGGGUCUAUGUUAUCGUCAAAUCCUGAUAUCCACAGCUGAGGGUAGUCGAUUCAACCCUUGACCUGUACCUUUUGAAACAAGAUACGUAUAGGUGCUCAUUAUAAAUGGGCAGAGGUCUUUCUUGAACCUGUAUUAGUGGGAAACUGUUAAAGGAGUAGCCAAGGUGUAUGAUGGUGGCAGAAAUAUAGAAAUAUUAUUGUAAAAUAUAUUUAAUGAAGAUAUAAUAAUUAGCAGAUAUUUGUAUUAAACAAUACAAAAUAAAAAGUACAGUACUGAAAGGCAAGCCUGAUUAAGAGUACAUAAAAAGGCAAAAAAUAGCACAAAAUAUAAAGAAUUAUAUAUCGUGGCAGAAAAUACCUGAUUCUUAUUAGGUCCCGUAGCCGUGUGACGAGGUGUACUUGAAAGUUACGAAUGCAUGAUUUCUGGAUACAAUAUUUAUUUCAAAACUGUUAAAUUAUUUUUUUCCCCAUGGAUUCACAGCAAUCUGUUUGAUUUUGUUUCCCAUAAUUUAUGUAACAUUGUAAAAAUUGAUUGCAUUGAGAUUUUGGUUCUUGAUUUUACCGAUACUUUUGUGUCUAUGGAUCUAAUCUGGUAAAUCAGCACCCGUACAUAAACCAGACAAAAAACAAAUGGUUCCAAAGGUUGUAUCCCUUGAAAGAUAUAUAGGAAGGCACAAAAUUGUUUUUGUUUACAUGAAAAUAGCAUGUAAGUAAUAUUGGGAAAUUCUAUUAAAGUCCAAAAAUUACUCUUGCUGUGCGGUAUGAACAACAAGACCAAUGGAAGUGCUGGUUUUAAAUUUUAAUAAAAAAAUAAAUAAAAUAAAAAAAACAACAACCCCUUAGAUAUUUUAAUGUUUUGUACCAUCACAAGAGAAAACAGCCAUUUGUGUAAGAACAUAACUCUGCGUGUCAAAGAAAGAUUCUAUUUGCAUAAAAUGAUUAAUUUUGACUGAUACAUGAAUGAAUCGCUCCAUAUGACUGUGUAUUGUUUAAAC